GGAUUCUCCCAGGGUGCAGUGCGGCGGAGCUCGUGCGACACACUUCCGGUGCCAUCAUGGCGGCCGUGUCUUCCUUGGUGUCGUACAGCAGCGGUUCCGAGACAGGGUCCGAGUCCGAGGAGCUGGAGAGCGGCUCUCACCUGAAACCCCUGCCGCCGGGAGCCGGCGCUCUGCGGGUGGUGGAUACUGCGCCCGAGGUGGCGGUGAAGGUGAGUGCUGGGGAGGGGGGGGCGGCAGAGACACGGGGAGCCCGGGCUGGCUGGCUGGCUGGCUGAUAGUAUCGCUGAUUGCUAACACAGCGCCCUGCAUAGUGAUGGGGAGCGUGUGACAAGCCCUGCAUCCCGGGGACAUAACGUGAUUUAAUCCGGAAUCCCACAGGCUUUCACAAUUCAGGCCCAAUAGCGCUCAUUACCUUCAUUAAUAGUGUGAGCUGCAGGAAUAUAGUGGACCCUGUGGUUUUAUCGCUGAUAAAAGGAUCUACAAUUCUAAAAUCCUAACCAGCGUAAACACAGACCCAAUCAAAUAAUACAUACUAUCAAGUUAUAGAAACACUCCAAGCACCAUAACCACUACAUCAUAUUGUUGUGGUUAUGUUGGAAAGAGUGACCUGAUGUCCUCUAACAGUAACUUAUCUAAUUUUUUGGAAUGGUUUGAUAAGCUGACUUUGUUUCCCCGGGCACCUACACCUCUUACUUCUGGAUUCUACUUGCGGGACAGCCUGCCUUGGCCUCAUUAGCUGAAUGUGUCAACGGAGCCCUCUCUGCCAGUGAAUGUGGUGCUUCAGCUGAGUGAGACAUCCAUUUAUUUCCUGCAGAAAGAGCUAGGUGUUGCACAGGUACCUGGGAGACCAAUCUAAGUUGCCAGACCAUUCUAAAACGGAUUUCUCUGGGAUCAUGCCAGGGCACAAAGUGCAGUAGUGGUUACCAUGGGUGGACUAAAGUGGUAGCCCAAUCUACUUAUCCUGGCACAACAUCCUUUCAUGGCCAAAUGCCCUGGACAGUGACCUGAGCUAUGAAUUUUCAUAAAGUAAAUCUGAAAGGAAAAAUGACAGCAUUAAUAACUAAUGUGGAAAAAUUCUCUAACUCUGCUAUAUUCACUACAUGGCUAUUUUGCCUCAGUUUUCCCUUUUGGAUUUAUUUUGCAAUCUGGCGAAUUAUCCUGAGUGUAUUACCCUCUGUUCUCCCAUAGUCUCUCCCCUUUUUCAUAGUGUGUACAGUGUGUGCUAUUUGCAUGUCAUGUGUGCUGUUAUGUCCUGGCCUUUUGUGAUGUUUGCACGGUUAUGUGUGGGGCAUUGUGUCCUGGCGAUAUGUGAUGUGUGUGUGAUGCCUGUAUCUUCUGUAUGUGUGGUGUGUGACAUGCAGCUAGAAUACACAUGACACACAGCCAAAACACACUAUGUAUUUGAUAUGUGUGCUGGCUCUGAGAUGUGCUUCUUGCCACAAAAUUCAAAAGUGCUCUCACUAUGGAGCUGCAGGACUCGGAGUCCAGGUGAGUGAGUCGGCAGGAGGGAGACCACGUUACCAGUAUGACACUGAAAAGCAGCUACUCCUGAUCCCCCUGCAACAGCACAGGCAUCCACGUGGCGGCCACCAAGAGACUUGCUGAUCUAUCUUGGCUUGGCUCUUACUAUGGGGCCACAGAGCUCGGAGGCCUGGUGAGUGAAUCGGCGGGAGGGAAACCCAGUGAGUGUGUGGGCUGUGGCAUACUGAAACGCGGCAAGUGCCAUCUUUGCUUAGGCUGCACACACAUUGUUUUUUUUAACCCCUGCAGUGACAUUCCAUGUAUAAGACGAUCCCCAAUUUUAGACAAAAAAAAAAUGUAGGGGGAAAAAGUCUUAUACUAGCGCUCAGAGCUGCAUGUCCUGGACGUCGGGCAGUAUAUAUUCCACAUUCCUGAGGUAUGGUGUUUUGAAUGUUACUUUAAAACUCAAAUACAGCUAAUAUGUAACCUGGUAUAAGUGUACAAGAUUGUUUUCUUCAUGUUGGCUAUAACAAGAAAUUCAUGUUUUGAUCUAUGCCUGUGAGUGUAAGAACAGGGCUCGACAAUUCCCAGGGAUUUGUGAGCCUGUUCAAUCCCGAGGUGUCAGACUGUCUGAGAGCGGAAGCGAGCAGUAGGCAUACGAAUGGCUGAGGCAGGUAGGUGGAUGGUCAGGUGGCUCCUGGAGGGUUGAGGGAGGCAGGCAGGUCUGCGGCUGAUUAAGUGCGGCGGUAAGGGAGUUCUAAUCGCCUUUAUCUGUCCUCCGGUGAUGCCAGGUUAUCACGUCAGUCCUGCACCCGGUUCACUAAACAGCACUCUAGGGAACAGAGCAGUGAGAUGACAGCAGCCCCAUUGGGCCCAGGAUAAGCUGAUCCACUCCAACUCUGGGUGGUUUUAAAUUAAAAUUAAAAAAAGUUAUCAUUUGUGAGUAAAUGUAUCAAAUCAGUGUGUGUAUGUUUAUGUGGCCUGGCCCCCUCUAAUCACAUGGGAAAGGUUUUUUUAUACUUGCCUUUUUUCCCACGCCGUGCUGGUGACACUGCAGCUGGCCCCACCUCCAUGGCUGAGAUCAUCAAUCUUGACGAUCUCUCCAAUCUAGUGCUUCCCCAUAGGAAAGCAUUAGGAGACUAUUGUGCAUGCGCUGGUUAACACCUUCUGCACCACAGAGGGGGAAGCUAUAGUGCCAGGAAAACACUGAGUGACACUAGAGGUGUUAUCAAGCAGCAAUAUAAACACUGCCUUUGUCUGAAAAGUCAGCGGUGUUUAUAUUGAAAAGCGUGCAGGAGCAGGAUAUAGACUAAAAAACAACGGCAUUAAACUGCAGUGAUUCUGGUGACUAUAGUGGCUUUUUAAGAAUUGUAUUUUUUUGACAUUGAAAAUCCUGGCUCCUAGAUUUCAAGCCCUGGUUCUAGAAUUUAGUUUGUCUAACCAUUACUGAUUAUAUAAGUGUAAUGAUCAAAACAUAAUGAGGGCUUACAACGUAUGCCUUUGUCAGUGCUGUUUGCAGCAUUAUAAGAAUGGCAGCACAAGUUCUGAUAUCUGCAACCAUCAGAUGGGGGGGCGGGGGGCCUUUGUUACCUUUUUAUUGGUCGAUGUAGACUGUACUUUUUUUUUUUUUUUUUUUCUCCAAUAGUACAUUACUGAGCAUUAUGUUGGAGUUUUAUAAAUGCUAGUAGUAAUAAUAAAACUAAGGAUUCUGCAUGCUUUUAUUAAAGGCAUGCUAUUGGCAUCCAGACCUGUUUCUCAACGAAGUGGUCGGGGUGCCAUGUUCCUUGUCUACUUAACCCUGCAAAAUAAAACUCUGCUGCUACAAUGUUUGCAUUACAGGGUUUAAAUGCCUCUGGUGGCUGUCAUUUUGAGAGCCACUAGAUGUGCUUUCUCCAAAAUAGCCAAGUAAAACUCAACUAUUUUUAUCAGAUGGUCUGAGUCCAUCUGAUAGGUGUAGCAUUUGCGCACUAGCCUCCCAAUGCUUUCCUAUGAAGGCGGGACGGUAGUGUGGAGACCGGCGCUGCAAGGGAGAAAAGGUCAAUAAAGUCACCUUUUUCCUUCAUGAGCAGGUGUAACCAUGCAUUCCCAACACUAUAGUCUCUUUCUAAAGCUGCUCAUUCACUUUGUAUUUAAUAAAAUUCAAUUUCAUUGUAUUUCCACCUCUGUCAAAAGCUAUUCCAAGGCAAAGUAGGUGCAAAUUUCUGUUUGUCCAAGAAAAAAAAUGCAAAAUUUGAAGACCACAGAUGGUGACAGAGCCAAUUUAUGUAAAAGCCACUGAAUAUUCGACAUUGUUUGAAUAUAAAAUUAAUCUAUCUUCGUGUUCUCAUUAAAAUCGGCUAAGAGAUAGCAUUGUUUAUAAGCUGAUUGGAUAUAUAUUACACAUAUUUGUGUUAAAGCGCUAGGUUGAUGGUGCAUAUAGCACCAUGAGCUUACUCUCAGCUCAGAAUGACUCAGAACUCCAGUGAUUUGUAAAAAUUGCUGCAGCACUAAGCCAGUCCCUCCGAGCUGUCAUUCAGGCUGCUAGAAACCUCAAUUCAUGCAGUCUGAUAUUUAUUAUGUCCAUUUUGUAUUAUUUUCCUGCAGUCUGAUAUGUAUUAUGUCCCAUGUUGUAGUAUUUUGGUCGGAGAACUGUCUUCCACAGAGGGAGAGCAAGCUAUGGACAGCACCCUGAGCACUGUGCUUUCUGUCACUAGUGGUUUAAUAACUACUACUGCACAUUGGACAGUGUAGGCGCAGCUGACCAAUGCUCAGUGGCCCUGCUUGAUAUUUUUUCCUGCUGUGUGUAGCUUUAAAAUGGUGAAACUCCACGCUGUGACUCUGUGGACUGAGCCGAUUCUGAUAGUUUUAAUGUGUAACAAUUGUUGCUUCUACUAACUGUCUUCUACUGCUUGGAUUUAUAUUACUACUGCAUUAUCUUGCUGUUUUAAUUAAAGGACCACUAUAGGCGCCCAGACCACUUCAGCUUAAUGAAGUUGUCUGGGUGCCAAGUCCAGCUAGGGUUAACCCUUUUUUAUUUUAUUUUUUUUUAAUAUAUAAACAUAGCAGUUUCAGAGAAACUUCUAUGUUUAUAAUAGGGUUAAUCCAGCCUCCAGUGGCUGUCUCUUGACAGCUGCUAGAGGCGCUUGCGUGCUUCUUACUGUGAUUUUCACAGUGAGAAGACGCCAGCGUCCAUAGGAAAGCAUUGUGAAUGCUUUCCUAUGGACUGGCUGAAUGCACGCGAAGCUCCUGCCGCGCAUGCUCAUUGAGCCGAGGAGGAGGAGGAGAGCUCCCUGCCCGGCGCUGGAGAAUGAGGUGAGUUUAACCCCGGCGGGAGGGGGACCCUCAGGGCACUAUAGUGCCAGGAAAACAAGUAUGUUUUGCUGGCACUAUAGUGGUUCUUUAAGUACUCCUGACACAUAAAGCACUUUUGCUGACGGUGUUUCAUGUGCCUGGAGUAUGUCGUAUUUGUGAAACACCUUUCUGUCUGCUACUUACCAAUCCAGGAGGUUUUGUUCUGCUUCUGUUGGCUCCACAGAGCCCACUUCUCAAUGAGUUGUACUAUGAGAAGCUCUGAGUAUUAUGUCCUGUGAGAAGCUCAUUCGGAGACUGCUCUGCAAAAUCAGGACAUUGUUAAAUACUGUGAACAAUAUCUGAUUUUUGCAGUACGAAUGGCUCCAUAAACAACUAAAUGGUUUUGCCCUGUUUGAUAUAGUGUCAUUCGGAAUUUAGUAAAUAGGCCCCAGAAUGUGAUAAUCUGAUUCAAACUCAGCUAGCUGCUUAUGGAAGUGUAAAAUGUUAGCCAUUAGCAAAGUUCACAAUCUGAUGCUACAGGAUGUAGUACAAGCACGUCAAACUUGCAGGCCGCAUGCGGCCCACAAUGGGCAUUUUUGCGGCACAGCGAGCCGCAAGUACAUGCUUGGUGUCAAAGCAGAGCAGGCACCUGCUUUCCCCACAUUGCAACUCUGCUAAAACCUCCCUGGCCAGAGAGGCGGGCCAGCGAGGGAGCUCAGUAUUCCUGCUCCCUUGUGCGAGCCGUCUGUAGUGAAGCCGGGCACCCGGCAUCACUAAACCGCGUGAGGGAGCAGCGAGGAGCAGAUAGAAGAUCCUCAGAGGCCCCACCUUGUCUCCCAAAGGUAGGAAGCAAUAAAGAAAAUGUGUGUGCAAGAAUGUGUAAAUGUUUGUGUGUGUGUGUGCUUGUCAAUGAGUGAGUGUCUGUGUGUGUUGGUUAGUGUUGCAUUGGUUGCGACUGGACAGUAGAGUACCUGGAGGUGCAUGGAGGCAUACAACGCCACGUCACAUUCCGACGUGACAUCGACAUGCUCCACCUUCACAGGGUUUCAAGAUGUAGCAAGAGGAUCAGAUUUGGCACAGGGUGCGGACGGCCCCAUUUGGGGUGUACCAGAGGCCGGACUCCGGAGUUGCAUACUGGCAGCGGCAAUUUUAGUGGAGACUGAUUGGCGGGGGGUAUGGUAUUUAGUAUAUGGGGGGGACGGGGACUGGGAUUUAGUAGAAGGUGGUGCUGUGGUUUAGUAGAGGGGGAUGCUGUUUUUUUUUGUUUUUGUUUUUUUUAAUAUAUCGUACUUUUCAAAAGAAACCUACUUUCUAUGAAAAUGUAAAAAAAAUUUUAUGAAAUGUUUUUGGUUUUUUUUGGGGGGGGGUUCCCACAUAAACUUAAACCUUGUUUAUGUGGCCCGUACUAGAUUUUGAGUUUAACAUGCUUGAUGUAGUAUGUUCAGUACCUAUUCAAACCAUAUGCCUGAAACCUGUCAGGAUCUCUUCAAUGUUGUUGUUUUUUUUUUGUUUGUUUUUUUUCAAUGAAUGAAUGUACCAUAAAGUUAAAUCCACCCUUUCUCAUUAUACUUCUUUUUUUAGGUCACGCCUCCUCUUUUGAUAUCUAAUGCAGGAUAUCCUUUCCUGCAGAGGUUUAGAUUACUUACUGUGAGUUAGUACCAGAGGACUCUUGGCACCAUAACUAAUACAGCAGGCUCUAGUGGUUAUGGUGUCUAGGCAUCCCUUUAAUAAUAUGUGCUUUAGUAGGCUUACAAGAUAUAAUACAAUGCACAUAGGUUUCCAAGGGAAAUAAUCUUCUUGCUAAGGGUAAUUGUAAUAUAAUGAAAACCAAAAGGAAUAUACACACUAGGAUAAACAGAAUGAUAUAAGUACAAAACUAGAAGUGUUCCCAGGUGUAACUCACAGACACCUAUUAUACAAUAAAAGUGGGGAAAAAACACCCAGUAUACAUAUAUAAAAUUAAAAAGGACAACCUGGAGAUGGGGACCAGGGUGAGUAGAUCAAAUGGAGAUCUAUAAUAAUAAUAAUAAACACAAAUAGAACAUAGCGUAAUUCAGUCAGAAUUAAAUAUAAAUAUGUGGUCUUAGUAGAAAACUCACAAACGUGAUGAAAAACAGGCUUCUCACCCCACCAGGGGUUAAACGAAUCAGGAAAAAGGGAAGGUCUUCAAAUGAUGAAACUCCUUAUAUGGAUAAGGGGAAAAAAGACCGCACAUGGUGAAGUAAAAUUAAAACAUGAAAAAGAUUUAUUAGAAUGCACUUACAGACAGGUAUAUUGUCAUGCUCAUAUCUCCACUCAACGUGGAAUGCAGCAGCAGCAGCAGCGUGGUAGAUCUCAGGAAAAAAUACCAACAGCAGCAGGAUGAUAAAAAUUAAAAUAAAAUACAAUUGAUAAAAGUCCAAAUAUUAUAAAGUCCAACGCGUUUUGUCCAAUGGGGGACUUCCUUAAGGAUCUGUGAUGGUUCACCAUGGUGGAGACUUCUUAUACUGUGGCUUGUCCCAGUGGAUCCGUUUCACCUGAUGGCGUGCGUUCCACUGUGGACCGCAAUGACGUGUAUUCCAUGCGGCCAGUAGAAGAAUGGGUGACGCGAUGGUUCAUAUGAAUAUAGCAUUCAAAUACAAAAAGAUACUGCGCAUGCUUCUGCAAGGAAAACACAUGCGCACACGCAGCAACGGACAACACACAAUCUAGACGGGGAAAAAGCAAAAAAAUAAAAAAUAGUCAAUGUUGAACCCUACUGACAUACUGCGUGUAAUGAAAGAAUAAAAUAUAUGCAUAUUGUGUGUGUGUAUGUGUAUAUAUGUAUAUAUAUAUUACACACACACACACACACACAAUAUGCAUAUAUUUUAUUCUUUCAUUGAAUCCUACUGACAUACUGCGUAUAAUGAACAAAUGAAAUAUAUACAUAUUGAGUGGAGAUAUGCUCAUGACAAUAUACCUGUCUGUAAGUGCAUUCUUGUACAUGUAUAAAUAACAUUUACCCCCCCCCCCACACACACACAGCACCCCUACCCCCACACACACAUCACCCCUACUCCCCCACACACACACAGCACCCUACCCCCCACACACACAGCACCCCUACUCCCCCCACACACACACAGCACCUACCCCCACACACACACAGCACCCCUACCCCCCACACACACACAGCACCCUACCCCCCCACACACACACAGCACCCUUACCCCCCCACACACACAGCACCCCUACCCCCCCACACACACAGAACCCCUAACCCCCCACACCCAGCCCACACAAACACACAGCACCCCUCACACACUCCACACCCUUUCACACAAACUGCACCCCUCAAUACAGUGUGUAUGUACUCAGCAGUCUGUGUAUGUACUCAGCGGACUGUGUGUGUGUGUGUUUUCAGUGGACUGUGUGUGUGUGUGUUCAGCGGACUCUGUCUCUCUCUCUCUCUCUCUCUCUCUCUCUCUCUCUGUGUGUUCAGCGGACUCUGUGUCUGUGUGCACGUGCGUUCAGUGGACUGUGUGUGCGUGUAUUGCAUUUGUUGGAGAUACUAAUAAAUAUAAGCUUAAUUUUAUCUAUUUAUAUCAUUAUUUAAAAUUUGUAUCAUUGAACUCUCUGUGUUCUUCUUUUAAAACAAAAGUUGUUAAUUAGUUCGGACAACUGUAUCAGUUGUUUUUUCUAAACUUAAACCUCAAUAUUCAGGAUUAAUUGCCGUGUUGGCACUUUGAGGGAAAAAAGUUGGCAUGUAUUGCGGUUUGGGCACUCAGGCUCAAAAAGGUUUGCCAUCACUGGCCUACCGUGUCAUUUGUCGUGAGCAUUGAAGUUUUCCUGUCAGUCAAUGGAUUGGAUAGUGUGAUGUCAGUAGCUCUGCCUUUACCGUACCAUUUCUUAUGGACCUACAUCUGAAGGGGGCCCAGGAAUGGUGAGGUUUGGUUUGGUUGUAUGAGCCACUUUUAUAAUGAAAACACUCAAAAUAGCUUACCAGACCAUACCGACCCGAACCGCUCAGUGGAAACUGGGCAUAACUGGCCUUCCAACCCCACUUUAUUAUUUAUGCGUUAUUGUACAUUUAAAGAAUCCGAAACACAAUCUUUUGCAAAUAUACCAUGUUUACUUGUAAUCUCGCAAAGUGACAGCCCUGUGAGGAUAAAUAGACAUGUCUGUUAAUAAAUGCAGAUAGAUGCAGGAGUUAAUGCACAUAGUCUUCAGGAGUAGCUUCCAAUCUUGUUCUCGUCUUCCCAUAUUUAAUUUGCAUGGCUUGCAAAGCACUUGAGUGUCCCUACAUCCAGCUUCACCCUCUGUUCUCAAUAAUUGAAACCACUUUGUACAGUCUUUAAGAAUUGGCAGGGUUUUUAUGCUCUACCAGCAAGAUUGAAAUCAUUUUUCCCAUUAGUGGAUAUGCACAAUGAUUUAUUUUAUUACACCUGUGCAAAAUUUAAUAAUGAAGACCACUUUAAGUAGGUAGAAGAUCCACUAUUGUAUAUUAUAUACGUUUGGAAUAUGCUGUAACCAUGCCUCAAUCUGAUUUUUCCAUCUUGUGUGUGAUUGCACUCAGACCCAUUCUUUACUAGAGCAUGCUAAGUAAUAUUUUUUUUUCAUGAGGCAUUUAAGUUAUGACACUAAUUAUUCCUUUGGUGACGCCUGUUUCCUGACACCCAAAAACGUAAAUGUGAAAAUAAACAGAUUUGUGAGCUAUGUGAAACUGUUAACAUUUAUCAACUACAGCUUAUUGUAUCUGUUCUGGUGAGUAGAAUCAUUCCCUUCUGGCUUUUUGCAGUAAACAUUGUUUUUUCAGAGAAUAUAUUUCAGCGUAGGGAUACCUCGACUGGCCAUUCCUCAAUUGACUACUAGAGGUGCUUCCUGGGGCAGUGCUGCGACAUUCAGUUUUACCUCAAAGUGAUCAGAGCAAUAUUGAAGUGGUUCUUGUAGACUUUGCUGAAAUAUUGCUCUUUCAUUUCUAUUGAUGGACCAAGGAUAAUUCAACACUAUGGACAAACAACUCAUAAGUUUUUUUUGUUUUUUUUGUAACAAAGUUUGAUUGACUACAAGGGACUAUUGCACUAUAACUUUGCUGAUUCUAGAUGAGAAAUGUUCAAAUUGGAGACCAACUUCUGGUACUCAUGUCCUUUACUACAGCUUCUGCAUGUCUGCUAACAUGAAUAGAUAGAGAUAAGGUGUCUUCUCAAUUUUUAGUUUUUAGGUAUAUCUAAGUACUUUUGUUAUUCUACUUAGGAAUUUGUAUGUCUUUCCUAGUAUUAACAUUGUUUGUAUUCUUUAAGCCUUAGAUAGGCUUCAACGUUUUUCCCUAUCCAUAAAUUCCCAUACCUAAAUAACUGGAUUGUAUAUGGUAGCAUGCUUGCCCUUUAAAGAGGAACUGUCACUACUACUCGCGCUUGCAAGGCUUUUCCCGGGCGGCUCCCAUCCUAUGGAAUAGCCUGCCUACUACCAUCAGACUCUCCCCUAGUCUUCAAUCAUUUAAGAAGUGCCUUAAAACUAAUUUCUUUAGGAAAGCCUAUGGCCUCCCAGACUAACCUCUACCUCACAUACCUGUCUCUUGCUCUCUCCUAAAGGGCAGCACUCUACUCUCUUCUCCAGCUCUGCUCCACUCCCACCUAAUUUAACUUCUAUUUCCUGUCCUAAUGUGUUUUAUACCCCACCUCCUAUAGACUGUAAGCUUGUUUCUGUAAGUUUUCUUGUAAUUGUCCUAUUUAUAGUCAAAUCCCCCCUCUAAUAAUAUUGUAAAGCGCUACGGAAUCUGUUGGCGCUAUAUAAAUUGCAAUAAUAAUAAUACCCAGGAUUUUUUAUAAAAUGUAUACUUUUCCUCUACAUUUAAAGGACCGCCAAAGUCACCCUGAUCACUUAAUCUCAAUGAAGUGGUCUGGGUUCAGUGGUCCUGAAGUUUUAACCAUUCAAGUUAAAACAAUGCCAUUUUACAGAAGCCACUAGAGAUGCUUCCUCAACAACCACCAAGUAAAACUUGGUCAUGUAACAUUGCUGCUCAUAGAAAAGUGUUGGGUUAAAUGGAUCAGAAUCAAUAGAUGCGUGUGAGACUCUUGCUGUACCUUCAUUUGAAGCCCCAACUGCUACUCUAUGAGGACCAUUGGAUUCAGUGACAUCGUGAGAGGCGGAGUGUUCGGCGGCAGUGCCAAAGGAGUCUAUGCCGAGUGAAGACUUUUUUUUUAAUUGAUGUGGGGGAGGGGGCACUAGCUUAACCCCUUGGGGACCGCGGACGGUUCAGGACAGUCAUCGGUAUUUUACCGUUGAGGACCAAUGACGGUCCUGAACCGUCAUAACGGUAAGAUGUACUUACCCGAUCGCCGUCGUUGCUCCGCGGCGAAUUAGGACCCCGGGGCCAUGUGAUCGCUCAACAGAGUGGUCACAUGGUCACAAUAGAUGUCCUAGUGUCUGCCUGCAGGGGGACUGCCUAUAUAUAAAAAUGUCAUAUCUAUAUAAUCUCACAUACGAUGUCAUACUAAGUGUAUUUUUAUAUUAAUAUAUACAUAUAUUAAUAUAAAAAUACACUUAUAAUUAAAUUACACACACACUAUAUAAUAACUAUAUAUUAUAAAAUACAAAUAAGUAAAUUAAAUUAAAUGUAAAAAUAAUUUAAAAAAAUUAUGUCUAUAUGAAAUUUAAUUCUAACUGUAUUUUGAUAUUAAUAUAUUUAUAUCAAAAUACACUUAGAAUGAAAUUGUAUAUGUAUAUAUAAAUACAUAAAUAAAAACAAUACGAAAUAUACAUAUGUCCGUAUACAAAAUUGCAUAAAUAAUUAUAUAAAUAUGCAUAUAUAUUUAAAUUCUACAUGCAUAUUUAUGUAAUAUUUUUAAAUAAUUAAGUCAUUUUAUUGAUUGCCAUUUGUGGGACCUGUCUGACAACACAAGAUGAAAGUCCAGAGAAAUUAAUUUGCUAGCACUGUAUUUUACCCUGUAUCUUUCUAUGACACCCUAAAACCUGUACAUGGGGGGGUACUGUUUUACUCGGGAGACUUCGCUGAACACAAAUAUUAGUGAUACAAAACAGUAAAGCAUAUCACAGUGAUGAUAUUGUCAGUGAAAGUUACUUUUUUUUGCAUUUUUCACACACAAACUGCACUUUUACUGAUGAUAUUGUUGUGAUACGUUUUACUGUUUUGAAACACUAAUAUUUGUGUUCAGCAAAGUCUCCCGAGUAUAACAGUCCCCCACGCCCCCAUCCCCCAUGUACAGGUUUUAUAGCGUUUUGAAAGUUACAGGGUCAAAUAUUUUACAUUGAAAAUUGCCAGGUUGGUUAUGUUGCCUUUGAGACCGUAUGGUAGCCCAGGAAUGAGAAUUACCCCCAUGAUGGUAUACCAUUUGCAAAAGAAGACAACCAAAGGUAUUGCAAAUGGGGUAUGUCCAGUCUAUUUUAGAAUCCACUUUGUCACAAAGUACUUAUAGCCCUAUAACUUUUUUUUUUUCUUUUCAAUUUUUCACUAUUUUAUUAUUAUUUUUGAAAGUAAAUUAUAUGACAUGAUACAAAUAAUGAUAUGUAAAGAAAGCCCUUUUUGUCCUGAAAAAACCCAAUAUAUAACUAUGGGAACAGUAAAUAUGAGAGAAGAAAAUUACAGCUAAACACAAACACCACAAAAUUGUUAAAAGAGCCCUGGUCCUUAACGUACAACAUGGCAAAAACAGGCCGGUCCUGAAGGGGUUAAUUAUGAACUAGGAAUAUAGGUUUGUAUUCCUAACACCAUGGUGUUCCUUUACGAAAUAUGCAUUUGAGAGGUGCACCUGACAGUCACCAUAGAGAAGAGAGGAAAAAUGAAACCAUGGGGGUGGGGUGGACUAUGAUUAUUAUAAAGAGCAAUUCUGAGUAAAAAAUUUUGUAAAUGUGGCGCAAUCAGCGGGAACUUUUUUUUUUUUUUUUUUCAUGGCUACUGCUCUCCAGGCUUUCUUUUUAACCUUCAGUGUUUUAUUUUCUCUUUCUAGCCUGCUGGCUUUGCCUGGUAUGACAUUUUUGAAAUUUAAUUUGCUAAGCUUUUAAUAUAAAAAAAGACUGUCACAUGAGGAAAUAAAGCAGGUAACGCAAGUUAUAGAUGGUUAUCAAUAUCUUAUUGGGUGGUGUAAUUCCCAGAGAAAUAACAGGUUCCUUUUAAACAGAAUAUUUUGAUAUAUUUUUUUCUCUAUUCCUCCACCAAAAACUCGUUGAAAUACUUUCAUUCUAUUACAUCUCUUCAGGUGGUGAUAUUUUCUGAUUGGCAGCUAACACCGUUUGAUUUCCCAGAAGCACUAACUAGUAUGACCUCAAACAUUGUCAAAUGAACAAAUACUAGGCGAUGCUGGACAGCUUAUUUGAAUUAUUCAAGUGCACUGCAGUAUACCAGGAACGUAUGCUUUAUGUUCCAAAUCUAAAGCAUUAUGCUCAAAUGCUCUGAUCUCACGUGGCCUCAGUAAUGAAUUUGUAGCAUUGUGGAUAAAUACUUUUAAAAGCUUGAAAUCAGAAAAUAUGCUUUUUUUUUUUUUUUUUCACCUUCUUUUUAUAGAGCAGAUUCUUUUAAUUUGUUACCUUGACAACAUGCUGCUAACUUGAAAGCCAAUCUGCUGUCUCCCACGCUCAACAGUUAACAUUUUUCAAUUUAGUUGCAGUUUCUAUUUUUUUUUCUCUGCUAUACUUCUGAUCACUUCUCAGAUUGACACUUCAGCAAGUGUAGGUAUGGCUGUGUGGCAUCAGUCAUGACACUGACCUAUAAAAGAAGUAGUGAUCUCAGUGACAGAAGUCUCACACUGGGUUACUUCUGUUCAUGUCGGUACCCUCUUUGGUAAUAUUAGUUUCACAAACUGUAAUAUUCCUGUAUGAUUUUCUUCUUAAAGGGACACUAUAGCCAUGUGAAACAUGUUAAUAUUGCAGUGCCAUGAUUGCCUCUAGUGGCUACUACUAGAGGCACUUCUUGGAGUUUGACUCCGUGAUGCAACGCUGGACGUUCUAACGCUUUUCAUGAGGUCGUCCAGCAUCCUGUAAUACCCCAUAGGAAAGCACUGAGUUAUUUUUCAUUUGGAUAGUGUGAGUUCUUUCCUCCUUUCUUAUUUUCAUUUCCCUCUGGAGGAUGGUUGAAUGGGGUAAAGAUUACACACCAAUAGGGAAGAGUGAGAGGAAUCAAAAGGGAGAGUGAUCUAUCCUUGGCACCCAGGAGGUCACAACUGUCCACGUGUAAAUGCUUACCUGGAACCCAUUACUUUGUGUCCAUUCACUAAAUUACAAAUUAAUUUUUUUCAUUUUUGCUGAUUGCAUUCAGCUCAGUUCUCCUACAUUCACUGUGAUUCACUGGAUUCACUAACAAGUGAAUGAUAACCAGAUUCAGCUGGACGAAUCUCUAUUUUCAAAUGGGUUCAGUUGCCACUUGGCAUUUAGUGAAUAGAUCCACAUGAGAUGAAGGGGGCUCUAAUCAGUGAAGCUCAUAACAAUAUAAAGGGGAAGCCAAAAUUAUAAAAAUGGGAAGGGGGGAUUUUUAAAAAAUUUUUUUUAUUCUAUCCUACUUAGAUUUUCUGCUUACAUGAACUAUUUAUAUAAAUCAGAUUCGCAAACCUUGUUCUUUACAAUAAAGAAGAUGCGCAAUUGCACUAUGUUCAGUCACUGAAGUAUAGUUUUUAAAUGGAGAGGGGUAUUUUUCUUCACAAUUUACAGUUCUAGUUGCUAUGUAAUUGUGAUUAGAUAGUGUUAGAAAAAGGUCUCACACAAAUGCUGUUUUCAUUAUAUUGAGACAUGUUUUGUGACAGUUGUCAUUUUAAAUACUUAACUGAAUUGCUCUUCGGUGCAAGUGGGAAUUUUUCUGUUCUGCAUUAUAGUCAUCCUCAUAAUGUUAAAGUUCUGUAAUGUGAUCAGUGUAUAUUUAAAAUAGAUGAGACAUUAAUUUUAGAACUGUCCUGGGGCACAUUUACCAGAAUGGUAAACAAAUCUCAGAAUUUGACUGGCGUCUAUCCAGCCACAUAUCAUUUAAGAGCUUGAAGAGAAUGCACAUUAUUGUGAAGUGUUGUGUUAUGCUUUUCGUUGGCAUAUCAUCAUUAUUUGUAUAUUUUUUAUUACAGGGAUUUAACUCUGCUAACACCACAUUGUAGCAAUAGGGAUUUAAAAAAGCAAUAGGGCUUACUUUGAGCUUUUGCAAACAGAGCAUAGGACAGUCUGUGCCCACUAAUUCUGGACCCAGCUGAUAGAGGGGAGCCCCAUGUAUCCAUAUAUACCUAGGGGUUCUUGUUAUCAGCAGGGAUUUAACCCUACUGGUACUUUUACUGCAAGACUGGCUGUCACUGGGCAUUAAAUAGGGUCCUCGGUUCCAGAUCUGAGUGGAACAAAAACCCAAAUAUAGUGUAGUAUUCAGGGUAUAGGUAUGGUUAAUAAAAGAAAUUGUACUUUCAAUUUUCUUUAGAUCAGCUCCAGAUAUAUGCGUCUGGAUGGUGCAAUCCCCGUCUCCGGAUAUGUCUCUGGUCCAUAAACCUAAAAGGAAAAAUAAGCAGAAGAUAAUGCUUUCUGUGAUCCUAAAUUACUAAAAGGAGAUAUACUCACAAAGGAAAAGCAAGUUGGAAUUGCUCAAUCCUAAACUGCCAAGGUGGUAUGUUCCCCACCAAGGAAUGUGAGAUGCAGAGUUCUCCAGGUAAAAUCCUCAAGGAUACAGAUAGGAAGUUUUAUUAGUAAACAGAAUAAUAAAACCAAAAGUGUUUUAUGUUAUACUAUAUUAUUUCAGCAUCACAGAGAGCACUAUCUUCUGUUUUUUAUUUACUUUUAUUUUUAUUUGUCUACAUAACUGAACUAAUACACAACAAAACUGCUAACUUAACCAGGUGGGAUUCAUCCCCACCAGUGCCGAAAAAUUAGAUCUGGUGGCCUUGACGCCACACUGCAUCAUAUGAGCUUCGGCCCACAUAUGCGAUCCUGGGUGUUGUCCCUCUACACGGAACGGUACCAGACACGGGUGCCCCCUACCUCGGUGGUAUUGUCUGUGCGGGUGGAUGCGUGUUUGUUCUUCUGGUAGUUCGUUCGUUAUGUUUCUGUUUUCUUUAGUGGUUUGUGGGACUGGGGUUGGGGUGUCCGUUUUGAAGGGAGACGGGAGUCAUACUGACCGAAGGGGACUGGACAAAAUCUUCAUACUUGCCUACAAAUGCUCCAUCAGCUCAGAGUCUCACUGGUACAGGACCCCUGAUGUACUACACCGCAUGAAUGAAGACACACCAGACAAGUACUGGAGAUGUGAGACUGCAGCUGGCAUGGCACUCUACAUUUGUUGGGCUUGUCCUGACUUCGCCCCCUUCAGGAGAUGGUUAACACCAGAAUUAGGCAGCUCAUGGACUCUUGAACUGCUGCUCCAGCUCCUACCCGUGCUCCUGCACCACACAGAAAUGUCACUGAAAACAUAUAAUCCUUGACUAAUCCCUGGAACACAAUAUUCCAUAUGUACAAUGGAUCUUGUUUAUUUCAUGAAUAACUGUGCUCCUAUUCUCAUCUGACUGCACUCAGUGUUUGGUUACACAGAAGCAAAAAAUUCUUGCUUUGUAGAAUGUAAUCAAUGUCCUCAUUACUGAGCAUUAUCUGUGCUUGUAUGGUCCUCUACUUGAUAAUGAUCUUGAACUUGGUAUUUUAACAUUCUUCUUGGUGCCUCUGCUGUUGCUAGAAGAGCUUGGAGGUCUUUCUCGUUUUGUGUGUGUGUGUGUGUGUAUUAAGGCCUUGCACUCUGCCCCCCAUAAAACUGAAAAAUCUACUACCCUCAUGCUUCCCAGCACUAUAAAGUGUAAUACUAUAUAUUUGUGUUUAACAAUGUACUUACUAUCCACUGAUUUUUCUGGUGGAAGGGGCUUUCCAUCAUCUUUCUCCCCCCACCAUAACUCUAUUGGUUUGUGCUCCACAAGUACAACCUUAUGCUGAUGAGUUGAUUUAAAGAGACACUGAAGGCACCGAGACCACUUCUGCUAAUUGAAGUGGUAUGGGUGCAGUGUCCCUUUUGCACCAAGUGCUGCAAUGUUUCCAUAUAAACUGCAGUGUUUAGUGGCAGCCACUGAGGGCAGACUUAGGGCUGCAAUCUAGAGUGCUUCCUGAAUUGAAACAGACCUUUGGUCCGGGAUCUGACGGGGCAGAGGAGGGGGCAGAGCGUCGACCCUUGACGCUGGGAAAAGGGUAAGUAAAUAGUUAUUUUAACUCUUAUUUACCGGAGGGGGAUGCGUGGGCGUGUGGAGGCAGGGGGAGCAACAGCUUUGUAUUCCUGGCACUACAGUAUCCUUUUAACAACGAAACAGCUGUCUAUAUAAGGUUAUCUGUAUUUGCACCUCUCCUAAGUUGUGUUUACAAGCUGUUGUUUACAGCAGACAUAUACUCAGACAUAUAAACCAUGUAUAAACUGAAAUUAAUGAGGCAAAAAGAUGGUUCUUGAACUCAUUUGCAUACACCCACCCAGAAUCCUUUGCAGUAGUAAUGGCAAUGCAAUUGUGAUGUUUCUUAUAAGUCUUAUAAGCAGACUUACCUGAAAUCAAACAAAAUGUAAAUCAAAAUUUUCAUAUUUUACCAAAAAUAUUUCAAAAAAUUGUUUUAAUACAGCUGAAGCCUAUUUCACCACUGCCAUGCAUAAUAUUUUUGCAAAGGCAAAUAUGAUGCAAACACGAUUAACACACUCAUAGCCUGAAAAGCCUUAAACCACGGCAUUUCCAGAUGUGGAGAAAUACUUCUCACAGAGUCCUAAACUUACCUGCUGCUGUCCCUGGGAUUGACUCACAGGAGGUAGACAGGAGCAUAAUAAAGAAGGAAAGACAUGCAAGUAUAUAGUAUCAAUGUGUCUUCUUGAAUGUCUUCUUCCUCCUGUUGGCAAACUUUGUCUCAGCAGUUCAACUCACCCUGAUACAGCCCAUGGUAGUGGUUAUGAUGUUAGAAGGUGGUCGGCUUCUUCCUCCGGUUCUGUGGUGAACCGUUUAAGUUAUUUGACACAAAACUGGGGGUCACUUCCACGUUGGCAAUCCGGAGACCUCCUGUUUGUGUCAAACUGCUCAUGCCAUUUGACAUGUAACCAGGGAAAGCGUACAUUCUGGCACCAUAAUCAUUGCAUUUCUGAUUAUAGUGCUCAAGCAACCACUUAAAGCUUUUUGGGUGAAUAGGUUUAAUGUAAAAAAACAUGGUGCAUCAAAUAUUUAUCAAAGUUUUCAAACGGUAACUAAUACAAUUUUUAUAUUGACAGUAUGUUUCACAAAUACAUGUUUUUUUGUUUUUUUCCAUGGAGCAUUUUUUUUUUUUCCUCGGUGAAUGUUUGCUUAUACUAAUUCCCCCCCAUGUUUUUGUUUAGUUUUAUUUACCUGACACACCCCACACUUUAAGUAAUUAGCAAGUGUAUGCUGGUGCAGUCUUUAACUGCAAUCCAUGCUGUAAUAAUAUACUGUGCUUAGGCAGUUUUCUUGUCAGUGGUAAUUACAAGCUCCCGAGUGAAAGCGAUUAGUCAUUAUCAUUCUCCUUUUCAGUAGUCUGUGAUAAUUUUUUUUUAAUUUUUUUAUUUUUAUCAGUAAACCUUGUGCUUUACUGUUGGAUCAACAGCUAUUUCAUCUUCAUUAUGGGCUUAGUAGUUUGAAUCCAACCCUUUUGCCAUCUGUACUUUAUUUUGCGAUACUUUGUUCCUUCUAUACUUAUCAAGGCUGAAAAAGUCCAUCAAGUUCAACACAGAAGCCAAUUUGUUUAUGAUUUUGAUCCAAAAUAAGGCAAAAAAAAAACCCAAAACAAUUGUAGCCAUUUCCAAUUAUGCCACAAACAGGGAAAAAAUCCUUCUUGACUCCAUAUUGGCAAUCCUAGUUCUCCUUGCAUCAGCAACCUGUUUACAUAUGUAUCAAUUAUAUCAUUAAAUAUUCUGUUUAUGCAAAAAAGCAUCCAAGCAUUUUGAUUUGAAUGUUUACAAGUGUUGUCUGUUAUGCAUGGAUUUAAAGGAACGCUAUCAAGUAAGGAAUACAAAUGUAUGUCUAAAGCUAUAGUGCCCUAGUAACCAUUUAGGUGACUGGGCCCCCGCUGAAAGAGUUGAAAAGGGUUGACUUUGCUUGCCUUUUCUCCUUCACAUUACCGGUCUCUGUGUGGAAGCUCCAUCUCUUUGACUGAGAUCAUUAAAAAUGAUUUCAGUCAAUCCAUUGGGAGGCUUUCUUGCAUGUGCAGAAAAUCACUAUGCUGCGCCUGUUAUAGUCAGUAUGCCGCUACUAGAGGCAGAGAAACAUUGCCGUUCCUGCAGAACAGGACAUCGCACACAGACCACUUAAUUAAGAUUAAAUGGUCUGCAUGCCUAUAGUUUUUUAAUUUUAUGUGCAAUGUAUAGUGCAGUCUUAGUGAACACUUCAACACCAAGCAUGAACAGGACAAUGUGGGAAAUGGUAACCAAUACAAAAGUGAUCACUACUGAAAUCAGAGUCAAGGGAAUGAAGUACUCGUAGUGUACAAUCAGCAAGCUAUUGGCAAUUCCUGGAAAGGGAAGAUUACAAUUAGGGAUCGGCCCAUUAUUAGGUUUUGCCGAUAUCAGCUGAUAUUCUGAUUAAAAAAAAAAAAUAUAUAUAUAUAUAUAUAUAUAUAUAUAUAUAUAUAUAUAUAUAUAUAUAUAUAUACACAAAAAAUAAGAGAUGCACUCUAAGGACUUAUAUAAUCGAUAGUAAAGUAUUUAUUAAAAAGGAGGUUUACAUAAUAAGAUCGACAUUUCGACCCCUCAGGGUCUUCCUCAAGAGGAAGACCCCGAGGGGUCGAAACGUCGAUCUUAUUAUGUAAACCUUAUUUUUAAUAAAUACUUUACUAUCGAUUAUAUAAGUCCUUAGAGUGCAUCUCUUAUUUUUUGUAUAUAUUCCAUAACAUGGGAUUGCACCAAGGCACUAAGAAAUUCAUUUUAAAUUGGAGAAAGGGUGAGUGCCAAGCUUUCUGUUUGUUAUAGUUAUAUAUAUAAAACAAUUUUUUAUUAUUAUUUUUUAUUUUUUUUGGUAUUGGCCGAUAAUCAGUAAUACCGAUAAUGAGGUGGGCCAUCACGUCCAUAAGGGGGCACGGGGGGUGGGGGGAGACUGCCUUAGGGCGCACCGGCCGGGUGGGGGAGGAAGGGGUUGGAAUAGAGUAAGCGGCAGGAGGUGGGCGCACAGCGCUCCCUCCUGCCAGGCACCCUGUGUAGCGUGGCCAAGUGGAGCAGUGCGUAUCACCGUACAGGAACUUAUGUUUCCUGUAUCCGGUCGGACUGAAAGGAAGUGCUAACACUAUGGGACAGGGGAUGGGGGGAGAAAGAAAGAACACUAUGGGACAGGGGAUGGGUAGAGAAGGAAAGAACACCAGGGGAUGGGGGGAGAAGGAAAGAACACUAUGGGACAGGUGAUGGGGGGAGAAGGAAAGAACACUAUGGGACAGGGAUGGGGAGAAGGAAAGAACACCAGGGGAUGGGGAGAAGGAAAGAACACUAUGGACAACAAGGGAUGGGGGGAGAAGGAAAGAACACUAUGGGACAGGGAUGGGAGAAGGAAAGAACACUAGGGGAUGGGGAGAAGGAAAGAACACUAGGGGAUGGGGGGAGAAGGAAAGAACACUAGGGAUGGGGAGAAGAAAGAACACCAUGGAUCGGUGGGAAGGAAAGAACACCAUGGGACAGGAUGGGGGAGAAGGAAACACCAUGGACAGGAUGGGGAGAAGGAAAGAACACUAUGGACAGGGAUGGGGAGAAGGAACAACACUAUGGACAGGAUGAGGAGGAAAGAACACCAUGGGGCAGGGAUGGGGAGAAGGAAAGAACACUAUGGGACAGGGAUGGGAGGAAAGAACACUAUGGACAGGUGAGGGGGAGAAGGAAAGAACACCACAGGAUGGGGAGAAGGAAAGAACACUAUGGACAGGGAUGGGGAGAAGGAAAGAACACUAUGGGACAGGAUGGGGAGAAGGAAAGAACACUAUGGGACAGGGAUGGGGGAGAAGGAAAGAACACUAUGGGACAGGGGAUGGGGAGAAGGAAAGAACACUCAUGGGACAGGGGAUGGGGAGAUGAAAGAACACUAUGGGACAGGAUGGGGAGAAGGAAAGAACGCCAUGGGACAGGGGAUGGGGAGAAGGAAAGAACGCUAUGGACAGGGGAUGGGGGAGAAGGAAAGAACGCCAUGGACAGGGAUGGGGGAGAAGGAAAGAACGCCAUGGGACAGGAUGGGAGAAGGAAGAACGCUAUGGACAGGGGAUGGGGGGAGAAGGAAAGAACGCUAUGGGACAGGGGAUGGGGGAGAAGGAAAGAACGCAUGGACAGGAUGGGAUGGACAGGGGAUGGGGGGAGAAGGAAAGAACGCUAUGGGACAGGGGAUGGGGGGAGAAGGAAAGAACGCUAUGGGACAGGGGAUGGGGGAGAAGGAAAGAACGCUAUGGGACAGGGGAUGGGGGGAGAAGGAAAGAACGCUAUGGGACAGGGGAUGGGGGGAGAAGGAAAGAACGCUAUGGGAAAGGGAUGGGGGGAAGGAAAGAACACUAUGGGACAGGGAAGGGAAAGGGAACUCUGGGGUAGAGGAGGGACCACUAAAAGAGAAGUGAGAGAAACAUUAAGGUGAAUGAGGGAGGGCACUAAGAUACAGGUAAGGGGAGGGGGGAGAGAGGGUUCCUACCUCACAUAUUUACACGCACACACACUGCAUCCACUAUACACACGCACACACACACACACUGCAUCCACUAUACAAGCGCACACACACUGCAUCCACUAUACAAGCACAAACACACACUUCAUCCACUAUACAAGCACAAACACACACUGCAUUUACCAGUCAAAUACUCACUGCAUCCACUACACACAAACUCAAAUAUUCUUGAAAACCUAAAACAAAUCUGACUGGCAUGUAUAUUUUGUUAAUUUACCACUUAAUAAAAAAUUGCAAUAAAAAAAUUAAAUAAUAGAUUUGUGUAGAAAUUUUUCUUUUUCAAAACGAUAAAUGUACAGAAAAACGCUAAGUUAUCGGCCUGAAAGUUCCCAGAUUAUCAGUAUCGGCUAUCCCUAAUUACAAUAAAGCAAGAAAAAUUUAUAUAAACAGAAGCUGAUGCUUUUUUGGGAGAUAUAGUCCACAACAUAUAUAGUGCCGAAGGUUUCCUACCCCUGCCCUAUAAUACCUAUUCCUCAGCCAAUAGGACUAAAUAUUUUAAAGGUCACUGAAGACACUGUUACUGCUUCAUCUCAUUGAAAUGUUAAACUUUUUUUUGAUGUUUUAAUGCUAUACCAGAGUUUCUCUAAUUGACCCACCUUCUGUACUUUGUUUGUGAUGGAGUGUGCAGAGGUCUUUUUCCAAAAUGUCAGAAUCAUUUGAUGAGCAGCAGUGGGUUUGGGUUUCAAUAAUGAUAAUUUAAAUUUUCUGCAGCGAGCAUGGACAUAAAUAAAACAGCAUUGCUGUAGGGUUAAAGGGAACUGAAAAACAUCUCAACAUAUCAGUUUCUGCCAAUAACCGCUGCCAGUUAGCUUUCUGUGACAGGGCACGACUGCCGGAUAUGAGCUGUGGUACCAUUGGGUUUCAAAUAUCUCCAUCUCCAGCACUGAUCAGACAUAAGGGAAAAGACUCUGUAAAUCAGUACGAUUCCUAUGCCAACAAGAGAUAGAUAGAUAUAUAUAUAUCUAUCUAUCUAUCAUACAUACAUACAUACAUACAUACAAUGCGAAUAACAAGGCGAAUAACAAGGCGCACGCCUGGAUUUGAAAUAGUGUUCAGUUUACUGUGUCCAAGUAUUAAGAGUUCAGCAGAUCAACAUUUCGAACUAUUCAAGUCUUUAUCAAGAUCAGAACAAUGUGUAGAACAAUAUAUUUCUAAGAAAAAAAGCAUAUUAGCUUACCAGGUGCGUGCACAGAGCCUCCUCAAACAAUCGAAAACCCGGAAGUGUGAAAGAGCCGCGGGUGACGUCAUUACGUUAUGUCCCAUGGUGAUUACAGCGGUUGCUCGGCAACCUAAGUGAUGAGUAAGUGAGUAGGGAUAGCCGUAAAACUAUCAUUCUAACACCGGAGGAUUUUAAGAUAUAUUAUAUAUAUAUAUAUACACACACACACACACACACACACUGACAGAGACAUAGGCGCACACACUGACAGAGGCAUAGGCGCGCACACACACACACACACACACACACACUGACAGAGGCAUAGGCGCGCACACACACACACACUGACAGAGGCAUAGGCGCGCACACACACACACACACACACACUGACAGAGGCAUAGGGGCGCACACACACACACACUGACAGAGGCAUAGGCGCACACACACACACACACACACACACACACUGACAGAGACAUAGGCGCGCACACACUGACUGGGCAUAGUCGCACACAUACUCUGACAGGGGCAUACACACCCACUCUGGCACACACACAUUGACAUACACACAUACACUUUCUCAUACACAAAGUUACAUUUUAUUUGUAUUUCUUUAUCCACUUAGCCUCCCUACCAUUUAGGAGUGCUGAGUGGACGUUCCCUGGGGUCUAGUGGGGCUGCCUUCUCUUUCUGUGUGAGAGGGAGCCAUGCAGCUCCUCUCUGCUCCCUGUGAUGCCGGGGCCGUAAUGACGUCAUAUUCCGGCUCCCGGCAUCAUUACACGGCGCGAGGGAGCAGAGAGGAGCCGCUGGAAGAGCACUGCUCCCUCGCAUGCUGCCCCAGCCGGCCGCCUCCAUGAAGCCUAGGGCAGCCUUCUCCAACUCUCUCAGCCGACCACCUCCUUAAAUCCCAGGGCUGUCGGCUCCAACUGUCACUCAGCCGGCCGCCUCCAUAAUGCCCAGGGCAGCCAGCUCCAUUAUUUGCCCAGCCAGGUGUUUUAGAUAAAAAGUUGACAAAUUUUUAGUCUACCUGGCGCCUGGGAUUUGUCGAGCCCUGGUUUAUAGGACCACAUGAAUGAUAUAAUUAAUUUAUGGAUAGCAGUAAAAGCCUUUAGAAGAAGAUUUGGUAGGACUUGUAACAAAUAUCAUAGUCUUGUCAGGACAACCAAGUAAAACAAGAAAGAUAUCAACCUUUGUGAUAUUAUGUAAUAGUUUUUUUUGGUGAAAAUAUAGAAAGCUUAUCUUGGAAGAAAAUACCUAGGUAUCAAAUGGCUAGUUUAACCCAAGUGCACGGGAAAAGAUGCUCAAGAUCUGGCUCUUGCAAACGUUAAUCUGAAAGUUAGUGAACGUUUGUCUAAGUAAGCUAGGCAGUGAUGACUGAGGAAAUAAGUCAUUUGUAAAAGCGGAUUCUAUGUAGUCAUUAUCAGCAACUUGUGCUCCCUCGAUAAGGGAAUUGUCUUUAACUGUUUGCUAAAAGGUAGGAACUAAUAAGAAAGGCUAUAAGGGGCAUCCUUAAGCCUGGUGCUGUUAUUUUUCAUGAUGGGAGGACACAAUUUUUCAUUAAUACAUAUACCGUAUUUUUCGCUCCAUAAGACGCACCUCACCAUAAGACGCACCUAGUUUUUAGAGGAGGAAACCCGGAAAAAAAAAAAAUAUUCUGAACAAACUGUUCCAUAGUGUUUCUUACUAUGGGACAGUUUGUUCAGAAUAUUUUUUUUUUCUCCCCUGUCCCAUAAUGAUCUUUAACCCCCCUUUCCUCUGUCCCAUAGUGAUUGUUAACCCCUCCUCCCUGUCCCAUAGUGUUCUUUAACCCCUCCUACCCUUGUCCAUUAGUGUUCUGAUCCCAUAGUGUGUCCCCCUCCCAUUGUUCCAUAGUGCACUUUCCCUCCCAUAGUGUCUCCCCCUCCCCUUCUCCCAUAGUGUCUCCCCCUCCCCUUCUCCCAUAGUGUCGCCUCCUCCCCUUCUCCCAUAGUGUCUCCCCCUCCCCUUCUCCCAUAGUGUCUCCCCCUCCCUUUCUCCCAUAGUGUCUCCCCCUCCCUUUCUCCCAUAGUGUCUCCCCCUCCCUUUCUCCCGUAGUGUCUCCCCCUCCCUUUCUCCCGUAGUGUCUCCCCCUCCCUUUCUCCCAUAGUGUCUCCCCCUCCCUUUCCCAUAGUGUCCCAUAGUGUCUCCCCCUCCCUUUCUCCCAUAGUGUCCCCCAUAGUGUCCCCCUCCCCUUGUCCCAUAGUGUCCUCCUCCCCUUCUCCCAUAGUGUCCCCCUCCCCUUAACCCAUAGUGUCCCCCUCCCCUUCCCAUAGUGUCUCCCCCUCCCCUAGUGUCUCCCCUCCCAUUGUCCCAUAAUUACUUACCUGUCUUGGAGCGUGGGCCGGCUUCACAGCGCGCUCCGCGGUCCAGGAACUUCUAUUUCAGGUUCCGGUUUCCGGCGGGACUGAAAGGAAGUGUGCACACUGAGUGUGCACUUCCUUUCAGUCCCGCCGGAAACCGGAACCUGAAAUAAGAAGUUCCUGGACGGCGGAGCGCGCUGUGAAGCCGGCCCACGCUCCAAGACAGGUAAGUAAAUCUUCACAUUCGCUACAUAAGACGCACAGACAUUUCCCCUCACUUUUGAGGGGGAAAAAAGUGCGUCUUAUGGAGCGAAAAAUACGGUAGUUGUCAACAUGGCGGAUGGAAAAAAAAAAUUCUGUUAUUAAAAUGCUUUUGGAGUUAAAAUCUAUCUAAAGUGUUCUAUUUAAGAUGUAUUAUAGUCCAAUGGUUAAUCAACAUGUUGUAGAAAGAUUGGUGAAACACAUUACUUAUCAUCCAUAUGACCACUGAGUGGAUUUUAUAGCAUUCCCAAUGGAUUGCAUAUGAUAUGAUUACUGAUAUAGAAAGUGUAUUUUCUUUGUUACAGCAAGAUGUGGAAACUGGCAUUCAUCUUGACCCUUCCAUCAAGGAAGUUAACUUCAAUCCCACUUAUGAAACCAUGUUUGCACCCGAGGUAAGAUUGUGUUCAUUUUUCUACAUGUAAAGUGUCAUGAUACACACAGCAUUGUAUUAAAUUAAGCAGUAUAGAUAUUCUUCACAUUAGACACGCAUGAUGCUUUGCUAGACUUUGUAAUAGCUGAGCAUCAUGGAAGUUCAAUUUGUAGAGAUCUCGGUCCUACCUUUUGUGCAGUCCUGAUCUGUAAAUUAUGCUACCAAAAUGGUAGAAAAUGAAUUAAUUUUAAUUGCUCCUUCCCCACUUGUCGAUCCAUUUUUGACAUUAACCUCUAUGCUGGCAUUUUAUUAAUACGGGUAAAUACUUUUACAGGCAAUUGCCCUGAUCUCAAUUACAGAUUUUCCUCUAACAACCACGUAUAACACGUGCUGGGGGAAUGUAGAACUGGAGUCACAUACAUGGUCAACCAUAGGCCUUCAGCAUACUUGUGCAAAAUUUAGAAGUGACCUCCCUUAUUGUCAACCCUUCUACUAUUAGUGGUUAUCAUUAUUUGUUAUGGUCAAUCUCUCACAGGCACAUUUUUUUUUGCAUGCUAAACUAUUGUGAAUGUAUGUAAUUAACAAAGAACUUUACUGCAAUACUGUUUAGGCAGCCAGCUCGCACUACACACACUGCGUACAGCCAGUACACACCAUACACUACACGCAUUGCGUACAGCCAGCGCACACUGUACACUACACACACUGCGUACAGCCAGCGCACGCCGUACACUACACUCAUUGCGUACAGCCAGCGCACACCAUACACAAUACACUGCAAUCGUUGCGUACAGCCAGCGCACACCAUGCACAAUACAAUACACUGCACUUGUUGCGUUCAGCCAGUGCACACCAUACACAAUACAAUACACUGCACUUGUUGCGUACGGCCUGCGCACACCAUACACCUUACACUGCACUCGUUGCGUACGGCCAGCGCACACCAUACACUGCACUCAUUGCGUACAGCCAGUACACACCAUACACUACACGCAUUGCGUACAGCCAGCGCACACCAUACACUACACGCAUUGCGUACAGCCAGCGCACACCAUACACUACACGCAUUGCGUACAGCCAGCGCACACUGUACACUACACACACUGCGUACAGCCAGCGCACGCCGUACACUACACUCAUUGCGUACAGCCAGCGCACACCAUACACAAUACACUGCAAUCGUUGCGUACAGCCAGCGCACACCAUGCACAAUACAAUACACUGCACUUGUUGCGUUCAGCCAGUGCACACCAUACACAAUACAAUACACUGCACUUGUUGCGUACGGCCUGCGCACACCAUACACCUUACACUGCACUCGUUGCGUACGGCCAGCGCACACCAUACACUGCACUCAUUGCGUACGGCCAGCGCACACCAUACACUGCACUCGUUGCGUACGGCCAGCGCACACCAUACACUGCACUCGUUGUGUAUGGCCAGCGCACACUAUACACCAUACACUGCACUCGUUGCGUACAGCCAGCGCACACCAUACACUGCAUUCGUUGCGUACGGCCAGCGCACACUGUACACCAUACACUGCACUCGUUGCUUACAGCCAGCGCACACUGUACACCAUACACUGCACUCGUUGCUUACAGCCAGCGCACACUAUACACAAUACACUGCACUCGUUGCGUACGGCCAGCGCACACCAUUCACCAUACACUGCACUUGUUGCGUACGGCCAGCGCACACCAUACACAAUGCUCAGUGUGCACAGCCAGUGCACAAGUAUUAUAGCUAUAAUAAUGUAUAAUGCUUAUAUAGAGAGCGUUUUAAUGUGAAGAAACCUUAUAUUUAUUGUAAUUUUGUACACUGUUAUCCUAAUGUAGAAAUUUUUGAUAUUACGAAAUUGAAGCUAUUCAGUGGGGUAUGCGAUGCUAGAGCAAUAGCAGAAUGCAAAUUGAAACAUUAAUAUUUAUUUUUAUAUUUUUUUUUUAUAAAUGUAGUUUGGACCCAACAAUCCUUUCAAAACACAACAGAUGGCUGCACCAAGGAACAUGCUCUCUGGAUAUGCUGAACCAACACACAUUAAUGACUUCAUGUUUGAACAGCAGAGGAGAACCUUUGCAACUUAUGGUAAGCAAUUCAAAUUUCAGUAUAUGCUAAUAUCAGUGAAAACAGACUAAAUUCCAUGCAUUCCUGUUUUCAGGUUACUCCUGGCAUUGCUGAUACUCACUGAAUGAUUUUUGCAUCUCCUACAACUAUACAUGCUUUCUCUUCCCUUGAGCACUGGCUGGGGAUUUCAUUUUCACUUGCAUUUCGUUCUCCACUUUAUACAAUAACAAGUAAUGUUUUUCUCAUUGAAAUUUAAUUUUGGAAACCACAUUUCUGGCCCUUUUCCCAGUAGCAAUUUAUGGCCUACCUUAAGAACAUAGAUAAAAGCAUGAUGUAGAUGUAGUCUUCCUUCCUGCUGUGUAGAAAUAUGUUUAAAACAAUCAAUGCAACUACUAAUAGUUUUAUGAUGUCUGUCCCAACAAGCAGGAAAAAGAGUAAGAGCAUGAGACAGACUGUAGAGAGACAUACAAAUGUCUCUCACACAGCUGCCUAGACCCUAUUCACAUGCAUACAUGCCAAAUGGCGAUGCACCAAAGAUUUUACUAAGGAUAUAGCUGAUAAACCGUAACUAGAUGGCAUGGUAAUAAAUGCUUGUGAAAGUAGUGUAACCCACAGAUCACAUGAAGAAGCUGCAUAUAUAGAGUAGGGUGCUGCAUUCCAACUGUGCUCACUUCAUGGCGUCUAGGAUUUGCUAACCGUUGUCAUUACACAGGAAGUGAGUUUAGGGUGCCCUAUUCCAGUUUAGGUCUGCAUGUAAGCUUGACACUGUAAGACUGCUUGUGAAUUUGUCAGUAUCCUGCAGUAUGACAUUCUAACCAGUCCUGCUUCAUAGAAUGUGCUGUUCCUGUCCUACCAAGCUUUUCCAGCUAGGCCACAUAAAGUAAUAGAGCAGCACUAGCCCAAUAUCAGCAUUGCCAAAGUCGACUCAUACUAAUAUUUAUAGCUCUAGCCUGCAGAGCUCUGCAAAUGGCAGGCAGCAAUGUACUUUGUACAUUUUAAUUGCAUUAUCAAUCAGUUAUGUCCACUUAUAUGGUUCAGGUUUUCUUAUACCAUCUAAAAAUAAGAAUUGUGUCUGCUUUGAGAAUGUAACUUUUACAGAGUUUAUGUUAUUGUGGUAUUUAGACCUUGAAUUUUCAGGAAUGCAUCACUGAAUUGCAAUUUCUAAGGAAGCAAAAAAGGUAAAUUGGAAAAAUUGUAGGUUGGAUAUGUUCCUAUUUAAGCUAUUCUGGACUUAAAAUAUGUCUCUGUGAUUCAAUAAACUGUGAAUGGUCAGGAAUUCAUUACCUUGUGAGUAUUACUCUUCUGUUCAGAACCAAUUUAUGAUGUCUAAUAUACAUUUUUAUGUAAAUAGACGCUCCAAUCACAUCAAUUUUUCUUCGAUAUUGUGCAAAGAGGUCCUCUACAGCAGAAAUAGAACAAAAUGGCGCUACAGUCUAAUUCAAAGUGCAAGUGCUCAUAAAGAAAUAAACUAUUAGGCAUGCAGCAAACCAAUUAAACCCUGGUAAAAAAAAAUAUACUUGAUAAAUUGGUGCACAAACUAUUUAAAUAUUCUAUACACGUAUCACAAUCUACAUGUAUCAUAAUAGAAACUGUGUAUAAGUGAUCACUAAAAUACCAUGAUUAUAAAAAUAAUCAGUGAUCCACACAGGUGUAGCACAAUCACCAACGUGGUAAUUACCAAAUAAAACCUAUAGAUAUACUUGCAAAAACAAAAUAUAUUGUUCUUUUAUAAAUCUGCAAAAGAUAAAAGUACAGAGAACAUGUCGUACACUAAAAGAUAAUAAAGAAGUUUUUAAAAAAAUGCAACUCACAAAUAUGGAGUGGUUAUAGUACCACCCCAAACUAUAAUGCUCUGGUGAGGGGGGGUCACCCCCUAGUGUGCAUGGGGUCCAAAUCACUCACCACCAGCCAACAAAGUUUCCAAAACUUUAUUCAAACUUAAAAUCCACUCUGUAGUACUCAAGGGAAGCAGUUUGGCAUAUACAGCAUAUAUAUAUAUAUAUAUAUAUAUAUAUAUAUAUAUAUAUAUAUAUAUAUUAUUAUUGGGAUUGUGUACCGAAACAUCUGCACAGAAUAUGGAUUGGACAUGCCUACACCCUGUUCCAAAUUAUUAUGCAAAUUAUAUUUUUCUCAUUUACCUAAAUAAUUGAUGUAAAUAACAGUCAGCAUAAUUCUCAUGUUAUCAACUAUUAAGAGUACAAUUCGAAUUUUAUUGAACAAACCUAAUAAUAACAGUAUUUUUAUUUUUUUAAACAUAAAAACUUACAAUGCACGGUUUCAAAUUAUUACACACAGUAAGUUUCAAAACACUUUAUAGGUUGUAAAGAACUGAAAAUGGUCAUUUGUUGUGUUUGCAGCAUUUUUACUAAAAUCAAAAGCUAUUUCAAUCAAACUUAUAACAUUUUAACAGAUCACGUUACAUUUUAACAUAGGACCCUUUAUUUGAUAGCUGCUUCACAAGUCUUGCAACUUGUGAGUUUUUGGACAGUUUCUGCUUGAAUUUUUUUGCAAGAUGUCAGAAUAGCCUCCCAGAGCUGCAGUUUGGAUGUAAACUGCUUCCCACCCUCAUAGAUCUUUGCUUGAGGAUGCUCCAAAGGUUCUCAAUAGCAUUAAGGAUAGGAUGGAGGCCAGACUUUCUCUCCUUUUAUACCCAUAGCAGCCAUUGAUGCAGAGGUAUUCUUUGCAGUAUGAGAUGGUGCAUUGCCAUGCAUGAAGAUGAUUUUAUUACGGAAAGCAUAGUUCUUCCUUCUGUACUAGGGAAUAAAGUGGUCAGUGAGAAACGCCACAUACUUUGCAGAGGUCAUCUUUACACCUUCAGGGACCCUAAAGGGGCCGACCAGCUCUCUUCCCAUGAUUCCGGCACAAAACAUGACACCACCACUGCCUUGCUGAUGUUGCAGCCUUGUUGGAACAGGGUGGCCGUCCACCAUCCAUCUGGACCAUCCAGGGUUGCACGGAACUCAUCAGUGAACAGGACUGUUUGAAAAUUAGUCGUCUGGUAUUUUCUGCCCAAUUCAGCUGUUUCUGCUUGUGAGCAUUGGUUAGUGGUUGACGAACAGAAGGUUUAUGCACAGUUGCCAGACUCUGGAGGACUCUACACCUUGAUGUCCGUGGGACUCCAGAGACACCAGCAGCUUCAAAUAUCUGUUUGCUGCUAUGUAAUGGUAUUUUAGCAGCUGCUCUCUUGAUCCGAUGCAUGGAUCUGUCAGAAAUCUUCCUCAAGGUGCCUUUAUCUGCACAAACCUGUCUGUGCUCUGAAUCUGCCACAAAUAUCUUAAUAGUGAGAUGAUCGCGCUUAAGUUUUCGUGAAAUAUCUAAUGUUUUCAUACCUGGUCCAAGGCAUUAAACUAUUUCACUCUUUUCGGCAGCAGAGAGAUCCUUUUUCUUCCCGAUAUUGCAUGAAAAUGGUGCUCUGCUUAAUAAUGUGGAACACCCUCCUUUUAGUAGUUUUUCCUUAAAUUGGGUUCACCUGGCAAUCUCAUUAUCACAGGUGUCCGAGAUUGUUUUCGGUCAUCAAAAGAGCCCUGAGACACAAUGCCAUCCAUGAGUUAAACUGAAAAACAAAAUAUUUAAUCUUUGUGACACUUAAAUAGAAUUUGCAUAAUAAUUUUGAACAGGGUGUAAGUCCAUAUGGGAGAUACCACAAAGGGUAGUUGAGAAUGACAGGGCUAAGAUCCUGUGGGACUUUAAGAUCCAGACAGACAAGCAAGUGCUGGCCAACCAACCAGACAUCGUGGUGGUAGACAAGGAACUAAAUACUGCAGUCGUGGUGGAUGUGGCAAUACCCAGUGAUUAUAACAUCAGGAAGAAGGAACAUGAGAAGGUGGACAAAUACCAAGGACUGAAAGAAGACCUAGAAAGGAUGUGGAAAGUGAACGCCGUGGUAGUUCCAGUUGUGAUAGGAGCACUCGGGGCUGUGACUCCCAAGUUGGGGGGAGUGGCUUCAACAGGUUCCAGGUGGGACAUAUGAGAUUACUCUCCAGAAGAGUGCAGUUCUAGGAACCGCUAAGAUACUGCGCAGAACCCUCAAACUCCCAGGCCUCUGGUAGCGGACCCGAGAAUGAGGAAUAAACAUACCACCCAGGAGGCGUGAGAAAAUCAAAUAAAUAUAUUAUAUAUUUGUACUCUGAAUUUAUCUAAUACGUAAUGGAAUGUAGAAGGAGAAGCAAAGUUGGUUGAGGUGUGCCGAAACUAACGUACGAGUAGGCCUGUAAAAGAGGGCCCACAAAUGUGAAUUGUUAAUUAAUAUGGGUGUAUGUGGGUGGGGACAAACAGCUUGCAUGACAAAGUUAAGUAGGGGGGUAGGGUUUAUAUAGGAUCAUAACUCCUCCCACAAAUUCAGGCCAAAUGGCAUUCCAACUUGUGUUCGGAAUUUAUCUAAUACGUAAUGGAAUGUAGAAGGAGAAGCAAAGUUGGUUGAGGUGUGCCGAAACCAACGUACGAGUAGGCCUGUAAAAGAGGGCAAAAGAGGAUUCAAAGAAAAACACACUUUAUUGCAAGUUUAUACAGCUUGUGUACGGAAAGCUUGAAGGAGUUUUACUAUGAGGUAUAUAUGUAACUGAGCUGAGGAUUACCUGUGGCCCUAUUACUUAGUGAUGUAAACUGGGGUGUAAGAGCUUGAAGCUGCAAAAAAAGAGAUCAGCGAAGGAAGCCAUGAUGUAGCUUACCUUAAUGGAAGGUUUAGGCGUGAAGUAAUGGAUUAGUUCUGAUAGUGUGUGGCUGACCUUGUAUACGGAAAAAAACGGAGUGACAGCAUAGGAAGUCGAAAUAAGAUGCUUGAUUUGUAGGAUUAGAGGAAGAGGCAAAAAUUACAAUAGUUUAACUGCAUGAGUCAUGAAUCAAGCAAACUCUACUUGUGACAUGGUACAAUAUACCAAAGCCCUAGCACGAGUGAUAGAGUAGUUGUGAAACUGUGUAACUGUACAAGGUGUAAUUCUGUGCUCAGUCCAAGAUUAGCUCAUGGAAUGGUGGUAUCCUGGAUGGUACGUAGUGGGUCGUAGGGGUUGCCUGAAAGAAGACCUUGAACUGAGCGUAAAAGAGAGUCAGCGGCUGUGUUGUGGACGCCAGGAAUGUAAAGGCAGACUAAAAAGAGCUGAGAGGUUGCUGCCAGCCAAGUCAGCCUGUAAAUCAGCCACAAAAUGGUUAGUGAGGAUGGCCACCCGAAUGUAGGCCAGGUGCCAGAGUGAAGGGUGAAUAGGGAGUAGAUUAAAGGCUUUGGAUAAGUCCGUCUUGCUCAACCAAGCCUUACUACUUACUGAAGUGAUAGCUUCAUAGUGGGAUGGCCGCCUCCCUGACUAGUGCGUGGUGAGAAGUGUAAGUGGCUGACUCAAUGCGAGAGGCAAUGAUAAACAGAGGAAUGGAAAGCUUUAAGUCGUGGUCUGGCUGUUUAGGACUACUGAAAUGUCACCAUGAAUGUAACCUUAGUACUGAAGGGUGUCUUGUGAAGUUAAGUAGUGAUGUUAGUUUAACGUCCUUUCCAACGAGAAUUACCUUCUCCAUGAAAUUGGAACAGAGUGGGCCGGUGAGACGGAUGGAGUAGUGAUAGUGGGUGGUGGGGGACGGGGAGGGAAAUGAGGGGUAAGCCAGACUGUAUGACCGAGAUCGCCAGGUGAGGGCCUGCCGGUCUUAAAGAGACACCUGGUGUGGCUAUAGCCGAUUCCAUUUAUCAGCAUGUUAAUCAUUUGAAGGCUGGCCAGGAUAGCGACUGGGGUCUCCUGAUUGGAAUCUGAGGAGAAAACUGACUGCCCUUGUGAACUAGAAACAGGCCUGGUAACGUUGGUCUGAGCUGUUGUGAGCCUGUGUAGUUCUGCAUUACUGGGAGUGGCUGGGGAGGGGAUACCCCUGUGUCUGAGCUCUGCUGAUAUUUUUGGAAUGUACCAGAAUCCCAGGUAACUGAGGGUAGAAGGGAUGAGGGAUUUACCUAGAACCAAGUGACAGGUGAGGCCCUGCUAGUGCCAAGUGGCGGAGAGAGGCUCUACCUAUGAUUUGGACCGAGGGAAUUUUGUGGCCACUAGAACUUGGUGGCAGGAUGUCGGCCUUUCGGUGACUGUAAGAGAUUCACGUGUGGCCGUGACUUGGGGGCCCUAACUGUAGCCCUAAAGAAGGGCGAGCGAAGGUGGCUAACUAGGAUUUGGUUGUGGGGCUGAAACCUCCGUGUAUGAGGUGGGGUGUAGACCUCGCGGGACCGUAGUAUUACUUAGGAUAGCUAAGGCCAGCUCCUAACCUUCAAUGCCAGUUCUUUAUCCUGAUGGGGCUUGUCUCUUAGAAUGGUGUGAUAUAACGUAUGUAGAUACUUAACCUUGAGUGUUUGUCCUCUUUCUUUGAUGCGCAGGAAGAUUACCAUAUAUUCUUGCUUCUGCAGGGAACGGGCCCGGUCCGGGAAACCUUAGGAAAAAAGAUGCCAGUGGGCCUGAGGAGUGCCACUGGUAUGAGUGUAAAAAUGUUGAACGUAUGGGUUGGUGUGUAGCACAGAUACCGUAACGUAAGAACUCUGGUAAGCUGAGUUACCUGAACGUUGGUCCGUCAAUUAGAGACAAGCCCCUGGGGUCCCACAAUGUGAAUUUUAUUUGAAUGAUACGAAGGCGAAGUGAGGCCUUAAGGAGAAACUUAAUCGUAGUGAGUAAGAUUACCAAUACCUGAUACUGCAAAACAGGGAACCAGGUAGCCUCUAGGUUGUCUAUGGCGUAAGAAUUGGCGAGCUGCUGUAAUGACACAGGUCUAAGUAAUGAUAUGUAGAAAUUAAUGACAAAAACAUGAACCAUUAAAUAUAGUUGUAAUACGGUGGAUUAUGAUUAUUAGAUUGUCGUUGACAUUUGUGAGGAAUCUUAGACCAGGUACGUCUUGAAGUUUAGAACCCACUUUGAGAGGUGGGGGGCUGUAUGAGGCCGUGGAGGCUGAAUGAGGCCUCAAGGGAAAUUGUAAGAAGGUUUACCAUUUUACCUGUUACCGAAAUGCGGGAUACUGGGUACCUCUUAUUGGAGCUUUGUUUGAAGAAAAGUAUAAGUAGUAGCAAGGUGGUGUAGGUUUGUGUGAUUGAUGUUUACUCGCUGUGAGGAAUCUCAGAUCUGGCCCGUUUUGAAGUUUUAGAACCCACUUUGUGAGGUGGGGGGCUGUAUGAGGCAAUGGUGGCUGAAUGAGGCCUCAAGGGAGAACGUAAAAUGGUAAACCUUCUUACCUGUUUACAGAAAUGCUGGAUACUGGGUACCUCUUCUUGGAGCUUUGUUGGAAGAAAAAUAUAAGUAGUAAAAUCCAAAAAACAUAUGCAGUUUAAGUGUAAGGAACCAGUAUAAAAGAACUUUUAAGGAAUGGAGGUUUUAAAUUGUGCUAAUGGUCUGUAAAGAGCCUGGUGAAAAAGGAUCGUAAGGCUUAACCUGUGAGCGGAGAGACCUUAGUUGCGUAGAAGACUAAUACAUAAGGGAAAGUACAAUAGCCUAAGUCCCGGCAGGGUAUGAUAAUGCCUGGAGGUGUAUUUUUUUUUAAACGUAACUGAUAAGAGAAAAGUGGUCAAACUGUGCUUUAAGAAGAUUUACCCUGUAAAAGAUAGGAGUCCCAUAAUUAUGUGAUCAUGGCCGGGAAAAUUAGAAACACAUUAUUUAACCAGUGGUGACUUUAAGAGCCAUGUAAUACACAUAAAUCCAAAUAGGAUAAAUAAUGCGAGUGCUUAGUUACGUGAAAGCAAACUAUGUACAAUUACAGUAGAUUUGAGAAUUUAAACGUAGCCUCUUGCUUUUGGUAAAUGAAUGAACAGGAGAACUGUAAUGAGAAAGCACUCCUCUGUUCGGUUAAAUGGAGCAUACAAACAAAUUUAAAACGAAAGCCAAUGUAUAUGUGCUCGACUGAACGAACGGAUGAAAAUAGUCGAACAUAAGUUUUAGUGCGGUCGGUAGUUUAUACGAAAAUGUAAGCGACGGGAGUGUGUACUCUGCAGUCGGCUGUUAGCCACACAAACGCAGAAGUACACGAACGAAGUAAGAGCACGAAUGGGUAAGUAAUGAAUGGAGCCUAUCCCCGCGUUUUUAGGCCCGAACAUGGGAAAUAGCCGAACGCCAUUUCCCACGUUUAUGCUUACGUGGACGUGCCGGUCUCAUGACCGGAAGCCGGGUAGAAGCCGGUGGACGGGCACGGAAGACUGAGGCAGGAGCUGCUGGCGACGGACUGCUUUCUGGAGACUGCUUGAGACAGGACUUGGGAACGACGAACCGGAAGUGCAGGUAACUAUGGAGACAAACCGCUUGCACGACAAAGGUAAGUAGGGGGUAGGGUUUAUAUAGGAUCAUAACUCCUCCCACAAAUUCAUGCCAAAUGGCCUUCCAACAUAUAUGUAUGUAUAUUUGUGUGUGUGUAAGUGUUGUGGUUAAGUUGCUGAGUCUGUGUCAGAACCCAUGGCAUAUUGCAUUAAAUUGGGGUUCAAAUGAAUCAUUAUUCCUGGCUCACAAGGCCUGACCAACGGUGAUAAUACUCCAUUGCGGCAGCCAUUUUGGACACUCCUUGUGGUAUUCAGACCACCUGUCCAGUGGAUCUCAACUACAGAUUCUGUGAACCCCAGUGGGGACCCAGAUAACCCAAUAGUGCACAUCGGGAGAUCGUCCGCUUCUCCACUCUGCCAGCGCGUUAGGUUGAAAAGAUAGGUAAGGUUACUGCUCUGUAAUUUUGUUCCAGACUCGAUAAGAAGCACCAACUGGUAAUAUCGGUCUUCUUACAACUGAAAACCUAUUGUAGCUAGAUUAUUAGUUUUAAAUGCUGAAUUGUAGCUCCGUUUAGCAAGAGCUACAGAGGAAUAUGGUCAGCCAUGCUGGACAUUAAGCCCCACCCCGUUUUUGCAUAUUUUUUAUUCAUUUUCCCCCAACACAUUGACGCAACACUUUACCAAAGGGAUUUAUCUUCCUACAGGACAGGCAGGCUACGAAAAGUUACCAUGAAAAAAGUUAAGCUGCUCCUAAACCUCCUUCCCUGAUUGGUAUAAAAUGGAGAAAUCCUCCAUCUUCCACAGUUCUCUGCCUGUCCUUAGAAAUAGGUCAUGUUUCUAACUUAUUUUUAUUUUUUUUGCUUGAAUGUGGUGAGGAGGGCUGUGACUCCUGGGGGAGUCUUCUUAAAGGCUUGCUUGGUUCAUAAGCUUGUCCUCCAUCGGUUCUGUACGGUGGAAUGCAUGCCGGUAAUCUGCUUUCUGCACGGAUAUUACAUUAGUCUACGCUGGGUGCCAGAAGAGGUGGAAGUCCUUUCUUGUGCGCGACUUUGGAAGCUCCACUAUUAGAACGCACACCAGAGUGACACUGCAUUCCACCGAGGGUUCGUGGAGUGUUAUGUGCAUGCGCAAAGCAAUCCGGACACUUGGCUUCAAUUUUGAGCUUAGUUUGUGCAAGCAGUAAGUAUUUGGCUGCAGGCUGCAUGUCAGAUCAGUCAUCAAUGUGCUCUCCCCAGCCUUACAGCAUACCUUGAGGCCUAUGAAGAUAAGACUUAAAUCUGGAGUGCCCUUUUAAUAGAACUUUCAACUUGCACAAGUAUGCAGUAGUAUUGCUUCCUAGUUAAGGACAAUUUGGUGUAACAUUUUUGUGGGCAAACAAAUCUGUAUUACAUGUCCACCAGACAGCUCAGUUUCCUAAUACUAAUUGUGGCUCAGUUUCCUAAAUCAGGCUCUCUGUACUUUCUGAAGUCGGUGUCUGUUGGACAUAAGCUGUAAUAAUUAAUUUAGUAUAUGUUUAGGUAGUUUGGAAAUUUGCAUAAUGCAUAUUGCUGGGAUUACUUCUAUAAACCCAGUCUAUAAAGAGUGCACUGUGGCUCAUUCAUAUGCAUAAAUUCUGACUGAGAGUUCCUUUAUCGUUCAUCCUAGUAAACAUUAUUGUAGUAUUUAUUUGGGUGAAUAACGCAGCACAGGUCAUUUUUAUAAAAUUAAAACCUUUUUAAAAGCUCGACGUUACUGCAGCAACAAUUUGCACCAACUUCACUGUCUCCUGAUGUCUAAGAGAAAUUAUGUAUAUGAGCGGUCAUUCUACGUUACCAUGCCUGGAAAAGCUUGAUAAUUAAAAUAAGAGAAACUAUAAAGAUAUAUAAUUUAUUUUUAUAUAUCUAUAAUAUAAUUUUUUUUUAUUAUUAUUAUUAUUUUUUUUCUUUAAUAAGUACUACUAAUAGCUAAAGUUAGUUGAGGAUGUGACAAUUCCUCAUUAAGGGAGUUUUUGAAUGCAUUAUGAUAAAAUAUAAUUUUUUUAAUUGUUUUAGGAUAUGCACUGGAUCCAUCAAUAGAUAUCCAAGAGACCACUACUAAAUAUAUUGGUUCUGUAGAUGAUGCAGAAAAGAAUCAAGGUAAUUAUGUUUUCAGCCGUAUUGAUUUUCUCUACACUGUACAUAAAUAGUGUGUAUCACUGAAUAACAUAUAAGCAUGUUGGCCAGUUGGGGCCAGUACAGCUCCAUAUUGAGUUUUAUUUGUCAACUGGCCUACUCCCUUUUUCAAGUCAUGUCAAACAUGUUUAACAUCUUGAUUCUUGAUUUUCAUGAAAACGUAUUCCUAGUAUGUGCAGAAUGCAUUGAUUGGCAGUAAUACAUCUUAAGCACAUCACCAGUCACAUCCUCCAUUGACUAUCUCCUUAGAAUGACAGCAGGAAUUCUGUUUUUGUGAUAGACUCCUGAAAGGAGGCUGCCAAAAUGUGUUGUUCCUGUAACCGUAAGCUGAAAAUAAGAUGUCCCAGGAUAUGUGCUAACUAAUUUGAGGGCACGGAAUUGCCCAAAGUUUUGAAUGCAAUCCAAAUUUUACAAGUUGUCCAAGCUUUAUAACCUUGUACUUAAUAAUCCAUUAUUGUCAAAGCCUUAUACUUAAUAAUCCAUUAUUGUCAAAGUCUUGCUGUCAUAAUUUUGUGCUACUUGAAAUAGGCAUAAAUGGUAUAUUUCUGCUUUUAUUAUAGAAAGGCAAAACUACUCAAUACCAAGCGAAAAUAUGAAUAAUAGAUGCAUGAUGUUUUUUACCUGUGAAGCUGUUUAAUCUUAAAUGUAGCAGAAGAUGAUAUUAAAUCGUGCAUUAAUUGUAUUUCACCUGUAGGUUUGACAGUAUUUGAAACAAGUCAGAAAAAAACAGAAAAGCGUAGAAAAGUCAAAGGAAGUGAUGCUUCAAACAUAGAUGGCUUCCUUGGUCCUUGGGCAAAAUAUGUUGAUGAGAAAGAUGUAGCAAAACCAUCAGAGGUAAGUAACGGAUAUAGUCCAACAACAGCCAGUGAUACAGAGUUCUUGUGUAUGUUUAUAUAGAAUAUUGUUUGCUUUCUUAGGAAGAGCAGAAAGAACUAGAUGAAAUCACUGCAAAGAGGCAAAAGAGAGGGAAACAAGAGGAUGAUAAGCCUGCAGAGGAGAAGACUAUUUUGCACGGUAAUACUGCAAUGCCUUGUUUCAAAUGCACAACAGUUUCAUAAACCUAAAUAGGUGUCCUCUUGUCCCCUAUCUAUGAAAACUAGAUUUCUAAUGUAAACAUUUGCAUAAUUCAUUAUUAAGCGAGCGGAUUAAAGCACAUGAAAGUUCACUUGUUUAUAUAUGACACGGAUGGCACCCGGGCAAUUGUUUAAUUCUACAAAGGAGAGUGCCAAGCUUCUAUUGUUUUUAUAUUCUAUAUAGACAAUACCAAACGAUUCUGCACUCCAGCUAUCCCUUGACAUAUUGCCUGGUGCUCGACUGCACAUUGUAUAGAUGGAUGAAAAAGCCAGCACUCUGGUUUUUGUAAAUAAAAACUUCUCAGGUUUUAUUCCAACAGUCAAUGUUUCAGUUCGAAUUGAACUUUCUUGAGGACAUAAAUAACUUAUAUUAACAAUAUUGACUAUAAAUAAGGAAAAACUCACUCACCCCAAACUUGAUCACCUGUGUGCCGGCGUACAGCCAUCACCGAUGCGCGUGAUUAAGCUCCGCCCCCUACUGACGUCCCUUCCAGGUGCCAUGCCUCCGUUUGCAAGGUGACCCACAGAAACAAACCGUCACCUUGUGAAUGAAUGAGGACAAGUGAAAUAAAUGUGCACGAUGUGUAAAUCGUUAUAAGUGCCCAUAAAUGUAGCUGUUUCAACUACUUAUUAAUCUAUAUACAGGGAUGAAAAAUGAAGUGCAUAAUGGGUAUAAGCAAACUGAAUAUUCAAUUGCAUCAAUCUUAGAUCGAUAGUGUGCAAAUCGCGGGUAUUAAGAAUGCUACUUUAAAGUGACAGUGCAUCCACAUUACUUGAAAGUGUCUGUGCCAAAACAUAACAGUGUAAAAACAUGUAACCAUUCAUAUACAAUGAGAAAAGUGCCCAAAAUGUGCUAAUAUACAAGUGAAUGAAGAAAUACAUUACAGUAUAAUAUUAAUAUUCCUCAUCCAUAUACUAAAGUGCAUAAAUAUAUAGAGGUCUGAAUGAUUGCAUUUUAAGGAGACAGUUACUGAGAAAACUCAGACUGUAUCCCUUUUGGGGAAAAACAUGCACACAAUAUUAUUAUAUACAUCCUGAGACGUUUUUAUUUACAAGACCCAGAGUGCUGGGGAUAUAUAUAUAUAUAUAUAUCUCUAUCUCUAAACACAAAUACACACACCAGUCAAGCCAUUAGAUUUGCUUUUCCCACAGAAAUCUUACUUUAACAGUGCAAUGUAUUAACUAUCCCCUUUAAAGGGGUGGAAGUGGUUCUCAGCUGCACUUUUUUCCCCACCACAACUCUGUUGGUGUAUAUAACCACUGUAACAAUUUUUCUUCGAUAUUGUGCAAAGAGGUCCUCUACAGCAGAAAUAGAACUAAUUCGAAGUGCAAGUGCUCAUAAAGAAAUAAUUACUUAAAUCUUUACUUUUGUUCUGUUCUUUAAUAAUCUCUGUAAUGAAAUUUGUUAAAAAAGAAAGAAAACAGUCUUUACUUACUGUGGGAAUUGGACUUGUGGCAGUAAAAUAAGUUAUAUUCUAAUUUUAGUGUGCAGGAGUAAUACAAAUGCAUGUAGUGUGAGUAUGACUGUUCAUGUGCUUGCUUGUGUUAAACUCCUCCUCCUUGGUUUCUGGAUUUAGUUAAAGAAAUGUAUGAUUACCAAGGAAGAUCUUACCUCCAUGUGCCUCAAGAUGUUGACAUUAACUUGCGUUCCUCUGAAUUGCCUGAGAAAUGCUAUCUACCCAAGAAACAGAUUCAUGUCUGGUCUGGACAUACUAAGGUAUUGUAAAAGCUAACUCAAUGACCAAUUUUAUUUUUUAUUUAUACAGUUGUGUUCAAAAGUUUGCAUACCCUUGGAGAAUUGGUAAUAUAUGUACCAUUUUUAAAGAAAAUGAGUGUGCAGGCAAAACACAUUUCUUUUAUUUUCUAUGGGAUUCAUAUUCAGCGAUAGGUUAUAAUAGAGUGCCACAAUCCUAAAACAAAACAUGGCAACAAAGGAAAAAAAUUAAAUGACCCCUGUUCAAAAGUCUGCAUACCCUUAGUUCUUAAUACUGUGUAUUGCCCCGUUUAUUGUCAAUGACAGCGUGCAGUCUUUUGUAAUAGUUGUCUAUGAGGCCCUUAAUUUUUGCAGGUGGUAUAGCUGCCCAUUUGUCUUGGCAAAAUGCCUCCGGAUCAUGCAAGGUCUUUGGUCAUCUUGCAUGAACUGCACGUUUGAGAUCUCCCCAGAGUGGCGCAAUGAUAUUAAGGUCAGGAGACUGAUAGCCACUCCAGAACAUUCACCUUUUUCUGCUGUAACCACUGGAGGGUCAUUGUCAUGCUGGAAAGUCAAAGAGCAUCCCAUGCGCGUAGCCUUCGUGCAGAAGAAUGCAAAUUGUCUGCCAGUAUUUUCUAAUCACAUACUGCAUUCAUCUUGCCAUCACUGUUCACAAGAUUCCCUGUGCCUCUAGAGCUCACACAUCCCCAAAACAUCAGUGAGCCACCACCAUGCUUCACAAUGGGGAUGGUAUUCUUUUCACUAUAGGUCUUGUUGACCCCUCUCCAAACAUAGCGCUUAUAGUUGUGACCAUAAAGCUUUAUUUUGGUCUCGUCACUCCAAAUUAGUGUGCCAGAAGCUGUGAGGCAUGUCAAGGCGUUGUCGGACAUAUUAUAACCAGGCUUUUUUGUGGCAUUGGCGCUCUAAAGGCUUCUUUCUGGCAACUCGACCAUGCAACUCAUUUGUGUUCAAGUAUCAUUGUAUGGUACUCCUUGAAACAACCACACUGUCUUUUUCUAGAGCAGCCUGUAUUUCUCCUGAAGUUACCUGUGGGUUUUUCUUUGUAUCUUUGAACAAUUUUCCUGGCAGUUGUGGCUGAAAUCUUUCUUGGUCUGCCUGACCUUGGAGUUGUAUCAAGAUAUCCCCAAAUUUUCCACUUCUUAAUAACGGAUUGAACAGUAAUGACUUGCAUUUUCAAUGCCAAUGCUUUGGAUAUCUUUUUAUUUCCUUUUCCAUCUUUAUAAAGUUCCAUUACCUUGUUACGCAGGUCUUUUGACCGUUCUUUUCUGCUUCCUGUGACUCAGUGCAUACACGUGAGAGCUAACAAACACAUUGACUAUUUAUGCACAGACUAAUUGUAAAUUAAGCUUUUAAUUGCCAUUUUAACCAGUAUGUGUCUGUAACAAGGCCAAACAUUCAAGGGCAUGUAAACUUUUGAUCGGGGCCAUUUGGGUGAUUUGUUAUGAUCUCUAGUCUUCAAUAAAAUACUUUUAUUUUUAUUUUUUUGCAUAAUCACUCAUUUUCAAAAUCAAUGACACAAUUUCUGCCAGGGUAUGCUAACUGUAAUCACAUAUGCACAUGUUUUGAAUAACCUUUUAAUGCUUAAAGUAUAAAAUAAAGUAACGAAAUGCUAGAAUUAAAUAUUGCAGUAUGUAACCACACUCAAGAUGUCAUCUGUACAAGCUGACUUGAGGAACGUUAUCAGGAAAACUUUUUCAACCAAUUUAAAAUGACCUUGUAUGUGUGUUUCAGAUUGGUUUUUAUUUUCACUUCUUUUAUAAAUCAUUUUCCAGUAUAGCUGUGCAGUAAUAUUAGGCUACGUUUUUGUGAAACUGCCUUUUUGUCAAGCUGACAGUAUUACAUCUGUGGGGUGCUGUGAUGAUAUAAAUCCUUUCAUAGCAGAAGACCUUGGGAUUUCUUUUGAAAACAAAAUAACUCAAAAGCAGAAUUAACUUUAUCUGAUGUGUCUUGUUAUUCUUUUUGUUUCCUUUCAGGGUGUCAGUGCUGUGAGGUUAUUUCCCCAUUCUGGUCAUUUGUUACUGUCUUGUUCCAUGGAUUGUAAGAUUAAGGUGAGUGCUAUAACUAUAUAUAUUUUUUUUUUUUCUAGUGUUUGAUUUUCAUUAUUUUUUAUUUUUUUUAUGUUCGCAAAUCUACAAUAUCAUCACAGUCAAGUUUUGGAAAUUGUAUGCUCUUGUUGUGAUUUGGAUUACAAUUGAGUUUCUGAAAAGAGAAUUUCUUUCCCAAAGUGCAUUAUAGUAAUCCCGUCUGUACGAAGUGUGCCAAACACAAAUCAUUGGAGGUGAUUUAUAAAAAGUGUUGUGACUGAUUUCAUGCCUGAGCCUAUUUUUAUCUUGAUCUACCACAUUCGUAUGUAUAAACAUCAUAUCCUAACCUAGAACUUUUAGAAGAUUGUCUAAGAAAGAAAGCACAUUAAGGGUUGCUUAAUCCACAAUGUUUUCCUUCACAUGUAACAUGUUGAUGAGCAGCAAAUAAAGUACAGCCCUGUAGCAUGCAGGAACUCAAUUCAUUAAUCAAGGCACUUCCUUUUUGUAAUUCUUAAUUGAUUUUCCUUCUGCACCAUACACAUUCUACACACUGCAGUGUGGCAUUAGCACGAAGGAGUGUUACUUCCCUAAAAUCAUUUGCAAAACUGAACGCUGUUAAGAUGCAAAGUGCUAAGAGUAGAGCAAUUACAUUGAUAUUAAAGGGACACUAUUGUCACCAGAACAACUGCAGCUUAAUGUAAUUGCGCUGGUGAGUAUAGUCAGUCCCUACAGGCAUUGUGCUGUAAACACUGCCUAUUCAGAGAAAAUGCAGUAUUUACAUUGCUCCCUAGGGACCCCUUUAGUGGCAGUCACUCGGAUGUUUAGCUUGGGCGGAAGAUGGUAAUAGUAUAUUCAGUGCUGUUAAAUUAUUACAAAUAUAGAUGAAAUUGCUUGAAGGUGUUGUUCCUAGACUCUCCCCCUAUUUAGUGAAAUCAGUGUUAUUGAAAUCUAAAGGGUUUUUUGUUUUUGUUUUGUUUUUUUCCUACAGCUCUGGGAAGUAUACAAGGACCGGAGAUGUUUGCGGACAUUUAUUGGUACUUAGUGAUAUGCAGUAUAUAUUUUUUGCAAAACGUAUGGCUGGAAAUUAAUCUGAUGGUUUUCAUUUAUGACUAUUGAUGUGAAUAAUUUAUUUGAACUUUUAGAGGAAUAGUUACCAUACAUCUUGUUGUAAUGUUAAAAAUGUCUGUUAAAGAUGCUCGUGGUAGAUAAAUAUACAUAUUGGAUACUGCUUUUUCAUAUUUCUUAGUGUGGGUGUUUAGUGUUCUGAAAAAUUAUCGUAUAAUGUGAUGUUUACAUAUAUGCUGUACAUAUACAAAAUCUGUAGUCAAUUUCUAAUUUUUAAAUAUGAAGACUCACCAAGACGCAUUUAUGGAUGUAGCCAACAUCAUUGUUUUUUUUGGGGGGGAGGGGGGGUUUACGAUUUGGUUGCUAUACAUUGAAUUUGAAUUUUUUUUUUUUUUUUGGUUUGAGAUAUAUGAACAUAUACACUGCUUUUGAACAUGUGUAUUGUUUUCUGUAACACAUGGAGGUUCAUAUUUAUUAUACUGCAAAGCAUUCCUUGUGUGCAGCAGGAGAUAUAAGACUUGGAUCUAGUGAAGCCCAUCCCUGUGAUGAAUUUAAAGCUUGGGAAGAUCUGAAUUCUCUUGCCAGUCUGUGGUUUGAUUGAUGCUCAGCGGUAUGAUUUUGCUUCUUCUCUUUAUCAUUGCUCAGGACACAGUAAAGCUGUUCGAGACAUCUGCUUCAACAAUGCUGGAACUCAGUUCCUAAGUGCAGCUUAUGAUCGUUAUCUUAAGUUGUGGGACACAGAAACAGGUAAUGUGAAAAAGCAUUAAAACUGGUAGCAAAUCGUCUUGUUGCUGGUUUCUUUUAUUUAUUUAUUUUUUGUAAUGUUGUUUUCAAUAACCUGGAAAAUUAGGAUUUAAAGGAAAUUCCACCUAAGAUGAUAUUUAAUUUCACAAUUUUUGCCUAAAAUUCCAGAUCCGUUCUCCAUUAUUCUCUAUUCAGUAUCUUCCUUUUGUUAUGACGCUGCAAUAUGAGGAAGUGUUAGUCUGAGAGUCUCAGCCCAUUGAGAGAAAUAGUAUGUACUAUUGCAGAGCCAGGGAGAAUGGCAAGGAGUUGCAAAAUGGUUUUACCCCUGAAGGUAGAAAAGAGUCUGGACACACCUAUCCCUAUAACAACUUAAAUGUUAAUUUCAUAGAGCUGUGCUGUUACCAGUGUUAAAUAACAUAUAUAUGUCAGCUGCCUCAGCGCGGCUAUUAUAACUUAGUCAUUAAAAAUGUUCAUAGUUACACUGUGUGCCGCAGUGAUUGUACAUAAAUGUUUCCUUUUAUUUAGGCCAGUGCAUAUCCAGAUUCACAAACCGGAAAGUUCCUUACUGUGUAAAAUUCAACCCGGAUGAAGAUAAACAGAAUCUCUUUGUGGCUGGGAUGUCAGACAAGAAAAUUGUACAAGUGAGUAUAAUUAUAAAUGACAUAUGCAGACACAGCCACUCAAAAGCUUUAGUGGCAUAAUGGUGUAUGUAUAUGUAGAGUUCUGGGAGCCACGAUUCUGCGCAGUAUCUUAGUUGUUUUAUAGACUCCUACUCCGACAUCUGGGUCUAAAAGUAGACAUAUAGAAGCACUAUUUUUUGCAAAUAUAGUACUAGGGGAGUUUGUUACUUUUAGGUAUCAUAUAUUAGUGUUAAAUAAGAGGUAAAAUUGUUAUUUUUGGUGGGGUAUUGUAAUGAAAUCUCAUUUAAAAAAAAAAAAUUAAAAAAAAUGAUGUACAAAUCUGGUUUACCAAUUGUAGUGGGAUAUUCGCAGUGGAGAGAUAGUCCAAGAAUAUGACAGACAUCUAGGAGCGGUGAACACCAUAACCUUUGUGGAUGAGAACAGACGCUUUGUGAGCACAUCAGAUGACAAGAGUUUAAGAGUUUGGGAGUGGUAAGUUCUGUGUACUAUAACUGUAUUCAGCAGGGUAUGAUGUGUGUAUCAGUAAAUUGUACAUAUAUGUUCAAGUAAUGUUUGUGAGCUAAAUUUUAAGUGGCAGCAUCUUUCAACAUGCUAAGAACAGGUUUGCUUUGUGUGUUUGUCCUAUAGAAGGUCACCUUUUUUUUCCCUUAGCAUAUCCGCUCAUCAAACAUAUGGUAUCCUUUUUUUCAUUUGCAAGUGUUAUUUUGUUCAUUCCUUUAUGGAUCCAAAUUCUGCCUACAUUUGUAUUUUAAUUAAACUCCAGUAGUUAGUGCAAUUUUGUAGAUUUUUCUUAUUUUAGUAUAUUUUUGUUUCUGUACACUGUCUUUGAAUAUAGAUGAGACAUUGGAAUUGCUUUAUUAAUUACAUGAGUAAUUUUAUUUUUAAAGGGAUAUUCCUGUGGAUUUCAAAUACAUUGCAGAACCAAGCAUGCACUCCAUGCCUGCUGUGACCUUGUCACCCAAUGGUGAGUAAACCUGUACAAUUUUAAUCUUUUAAAAGAACCUUAAAAUAUCACAACACGCUGACUAGGUAGAUACUGGUAAAUGUAUGUAUGUUUCUGGAGAUCAUGUAUGCAUCCUUAAAGGAUUACUCUAAUCCAACCAUCAUUUCAAAGGUUUAUGCCACUAGGUAAUACUCACCAGUGCAAGCCUGAAAGAUCUAUGUCCCACUCACAAGGGAUGGAUUUUCACUUGCUAGUGGCAAAAUGAAAUUGUGAGCAAUACACUUUAUGUAUAUGUGUUCAAAUCCUUAAAGUUCUGAAACUUGAAAGUUUGAUCACUAUGGUGUAACACAUUGUUACAUUACAUUUACACUCGUGAAAGUCCUGAGAGUGUUCCCUUUGUUUUGGUUUUAUACAUAUUACACAGGGAUUGCACCCAGGCAAAACUAAUAGGUUGUGUUUUAAGCUAGAGUGCAAAGAUUUUGUGUUUAUCACUUUAAUAAUCUUGAGCAUCAGGCCCAAGAUGGCGCCUGCUCCAACUCGGACACCGAACAGGCGGGAACACAUGGGAAGCACACUGAUACUCCGCUCACACAGCAACUGCUUCAACCUAUGCUGGAUGCAGCAGUAUCCAAAAUGCAGACCACGGUCACAGAAGCUAUCACCGACAUUAAGAGACCUUACCGACUUACGUAUUCGUACCUCACAAAUAGAGAAUGGUAUGGAGGGCCUCACCAACACCCACAACGCCAUGGGGGAACGCAUAGACAAGAUGGAGGAAAAACUGAUAGCCCAUGAAUCCGAACUCAUUGACAUGGAAGACAGGUCCCAUCGCAACAAUAUCCGCCUAAGAGGAGUACCGGAAGACAUGGGAUUAAAGACCUGACAGCUUACACUAUUGAGCUGUUCCGGGCACUGCUACCUGAUGUUCCAGCUGACAUGCUCCUCCUACAUCGCAUACAAAGAGUGCCAAGACCACAGCACCUACCGCCCUCAACAACAUGAGAUUUACUCAUGAGGCUACACUAUUACCACUUAAAAGACCGGAUUCCACACGUCCAUAGGACCAGGAAAGGAUUACCCGAAAAAUUCAAAGACAUCCUCAUGUUCAUGGACCUCUCUGCAGAAACGCUAAGGUGUUGGUGGUCAUAUAAGGACAUUGCCGAAACACUCAGACUUCGCAACAUCACCUACAAAUGGGGGUACCCAGCCAAGCUCCUAAUGACGGCUGCUUCGACUGAAGGAGGAGCAGAACAGCUACGCAAGUGGGGCAUACCCCAGAACCAACAGGCCAAGAGUACAAGCACAAUUCGGAAACUGAACGAAGAAUGGCGGGUAUACUAUACCCACGUUUGCAAUACCCUCCCAAGCACCGGGACAUACUUCGCUCUCUGCCCAGUUCAGAAAUAUACACUGGGUCUAGAGAGACAUAUUGAAUACAGAGACACCGUCAGGACAACACUAACUGGCCUAAAACACUCACAGAUCUGCAGACGGCCACCUGCUUGAAAUACAAACACAAACCUACCACAAGACAACCUCACCCCAAGGCACCUGACAAAGGCCAAACUCGUUACCACACUACUAACGCAAAUAUUUCAGUUCAACUCACUGCUCACGCAACAUGAAAAUAUACACACACAACGUUAAGGGACUAAACUCACCCCACAAACUCUACACCCUCCUUAAAGAGCUGCAGAGCUCCCAAGCCAAUGUUAUUUGUCUGCAGGAGACCCAUUUUAGACACAAUUCCAAGCCAAUACUUGGCCUCAAAAGUUUCCCUCACCAAUACCACGCUACUUCCCCAACCAAAAGUAGGGGAGUAUCCAUCUUACUGAGCCAUAGACUGGCUUUCGACCAAAUUGCAGUGCAUCUGGACCCCCAAGGUAGAUUUAUAAUACUGACAUGCACACUAUAUAACACCACAUAUACAAUAGUGAACUCCUAUUUCCCAAACUAGAACCAGAAAAGCUUCAUGCUAACCCUUCUAGACCAAGUGACGAAGCUACAAACGGGCACAACGAUUAUAUCUGUGGAUUUCAACCACGUGAUGUACCCCAAUGCAGAAGUUUAAAGCUACAUCCUACACCAUGGGUAACAAAGCCACAAAAGUGAUGGCCCAGAGACUACGGGACAGACAGGCACAGACAAGAAUCCCAUUCCUCCACACAAACUCUGGACAAAAAGUGAUACAGACCACACAGAUAUGCAAUGAAUUUGCACGCUAUUAUGGCACCUUAUAUAAUCUGAAAGAACAACACAACACACCUCAACCUACACCUACCUCGAUACACUCAUACCUAAACAAGCUUGCCCUUCCCACCAUACAAGAACAACAAUCAACGCAGCUCACUGCACCUAUUAUCACAGAUGAAGUACAACACCACAGACUUGAUGCCUAAAAGGAAAGCGCCGGUACCUGACGGACUCACAAACAUAUACUACGCCACAUUCACACACACACACUGGCCACACGUCACCCAAUUCUUUAACGAGGCAACCCAGACGGGAACCCUCCCGACAGAGUUCCUCUCAGCACGUUAUCACUAUCCCUAAACUGGGGAAACCCCUGACUACAUGCCAGAAUUUUAGACCGAUCUCCCUGCUAAGCACUAUGCAAAAAUCUACACACACUUAAAAACAUAUUACCGACCUUAGUACACACCCACCAAGUGGGAUUCAUAACAGGCAGACAAGGCCCAGAUAAUACAAGGAAAGUACUAGACUUAUACAAACUCAUAAAGAAAACCAAACAGGACAGCAUUAUGCUCUCUCUGGACACUGAAAAUGCAUUUGAUCGCCUGAACUGGCACUUCCUAAAAGAAAACCCUAACAGCAUACGGAUUCCCACCCCUCUUCCUCUCGGUAAUUAAAGCCCUGUACAGUAAUCCCACGGCAACAGUGAUGCGUUCAGGAUUCUGUUCACAACCAUUCCUGAUCACCAACCGAACUAGACAGAGAUGUCCCCUUUCCCCCCUCAUCUAUGUUCUGGCCCUGGAACCCCUGGCCAUAGCCAUUCGGAAUAACGAUUACAUAUUUUGAGUGACAGUGGGCCAAACAGAGUACAAACUCACUCUCUUUGCAGAUGACGUAAUGAGUGGUUAUGUGAGUGUUAGUAGGACAUUCCCCACCCUUCACAGCGCAUUCCACACAUACAUCCAACAGUCAUACUACAAACUCAAUAUUUCCAAAACACAAGCAAUGUGCCUCAACGUUCCAAAAUCCUUGGAGUAGCGACUAAAGUCUGCCUAUUGAUUUGAUUGGAGAGGAGACCACCUGGUAUACCUAGGUAUUAAAAUUACUAAAAAGGACAAUGAACUAUUCUCCGCAAAUUACACCAAACUACUAAAGGAGAUUGAAAGGCAGCUUCAGACCUGGAAGUCCACAUUCCUGUCCUGGGUAGGGAAAAUUGCAGCGAUCAAGAUGUCAAUCCUGCCCAAGAUUCUCUACCUCUUCAGAUCCACUGCAAAUCAAAAUACCACAAACAUACUUUAAAAGUCUACAAACGAUCCUCCAUCGAUUCAGCUGGGGAGGGAAACAUCCUCGAGUUACUAAAGGACUACUCUUGAGACAUGUGAAAUGCGGGGGCAUGGGAUUCCUGAAUUUGAAAGUAUACUAUCAAUCAGCCCACCUAACAAACGUAGUCAGCACACACUAAACCAGAUACACCUCCCAAUGGGUUGAAAUAGAAGGACACUGCUGUGGACACCCCAACAUUUGAGAACAAUUUCCUCAAAAACACUACCCAUUACCAGGCACCUGUUGAAAAUUUGUGACUCGUGUAGAGACAAACUGUUCUCGGCACAUCCGUGGUCCCUGGCCGCCCCGAUUAAAACCUUUAUACAACUGCAACGGCGCAUUCCCAUACCAAAAAUGGGACCAACUGGGAAUAACGCACUUGUACCACCUAUCACAACUGCGGGUCUGAGGCCCUUCCCAGACCUUCAAACUGAAUUUGCACUCCCCUCUAACUAUACUUUUGCUUACCUUCAAAUCAAAGCAAUUUUGACUAACAAUAAGAUACACGUGAGGAAGCAGUCACUAUGAGCCUCCAUCACGAAGUUUGAACAGCAGUGCACAUCAAUACUUCCCAAGGAAAACACUAUCCACUUGUUACUAUAAUCUCGCAAACCCCGAUGUAGAAAUUGCCUGGAAAUUUGUGUCAGCCUGGCAAACUGACUUCCAAGACACUAUUCCUCCAAGAGAAUGGGAGAAGAUCUUCACAGCACAUGAGGGAUUAUCAACAUGCGGAACACACUUCUAAACAUCAUGGAAGAUACUAUACAGAUGGUAUAUGGUGCCCUCUCUCCUGCGCUCCAUUUACCUUGCAACGACCGAUACGUGCUGGAGAUGCCAUUCACACAGGGGGACCAUGCUACAUGUAUGGUGGACGUGCGAAAGAGUGAACACCCUAUGGAAGGAAGUUAUAACACUGAUUCGUGAGGUUACGGCCUACGAGAUUGAACACACGCCAAAGACAUUCCUACUCAAAGUCCUGCCAGAGGGCAUCCCCAAGCCCAUUUAGAAAAUGAUAUUCCUCCUGCUAAGUAUAAUGUCAACGUUAAUUGCCAGAUAUUUAAAGACCCCAAACCUGCCCUCCUCCCCAUGAAAUUACAACUCUAAUGUCCUUGACAGUGGUCUACGAACUCAUUAUGUGGAACCAAAUGAAAAUAGGGAAAAGGAGUUCCACCAUAGCCACUAUGUGGAAGACCUACCUACAAUAAACUAAGAACAAAUCUUACCAGAGUUCACUCAACCUUGAACAGGCAAAGAGCUUACACUACAACUACCCACACAACGUGGGUACUCUAGGGCUCACAUGUCUGGAGUCUCCAACACACAGACCCUGCAGGUUAGCCCCCCACAACGGUAGAUGCAUUAUUAAGUUAGACCCCGAUGUAACAUCACCCCGGUACAGGCACUUAUCACGCCUCCCUUCGCGGCACCCCCCAGUUAUCCCUCCCCAACACCCGAACACUAAAGAAAAAUCACCACCCGAGAGCAUGACCCACCGCACAGAGAAACAAACAUGACUCCAAGGAAAAUAGGAUAUCUGACGUGCCAUGAGUUAGAGCGGUAUCCAAAGGGCCAGCUCCUGUUGACAAAAGACCUAACAGGCACACACACCACACCGAAAUGUGAGAUGGUCGGCCCAAACAUGGCAAGAUCCUAGGGGUAUAAUGGGCCAUGCACGACAGGAAUACCACUCAAGCACCACAAUAGGUUCAGGUGCAGUGAGCCAAAUUGACCAAGACAAAUGUUGACGCAAGGGCCGUAAAUGACACACAUACACUGUUGGAAACCAUGCGACAGAACUUCCAGUAUGUGAACAGUGUGAUGCCAUCUAAAAUAAAUGUCUUAUCCCCUCCCUUCUUCCUUUCUGUACCCCAGAAGUUACUUGAGAACAAUAAAGAACAAAUUUGGGGAAAAAAUAUACUUACUGUAUACAAGCAUUAUGCACAAAUGGGCAUUACUUAAUGUAUCAUUCUAUUGACAUUUUUAGGAGGCUAUAUUGCUAGUAAUUCCAGAAAGAUUCUCUCCUAUUCACAUAAGCAGGUGUUUGAUCGUAUGUUUUUCACACCAACCUACUUUUCCAUGCUAAAAUUUCAGACCCUUUCCAAAGUAUUUGGAUAAACAAUACUGUAUAAUGUAUUUAGUUCAGAUAUGUUCAGGGAUCAAGAGUUUUAAAAGAUAAAUGUAUAAAUGGUAAAAUUGUAUACAUUGUAUGCAUCUCUGAACAUCUUCUGAACAAUUUAUACACAAAAGUACUGUUUUGCAUUAUUAUUAUUAAAUGCCAGCUAUGCAGCCCACAUUUCAUGUAAAAUGAUCUGCUACUAUUUUUAAACCUAUGAUGGUGGUAAUGGGGUGUUUGGUUUCCAUAGUAACUGCUUAUCUUUUAGCAGCAUUGCUAAUUAAACCUAUAUGUUUGUAGUGUAGAAAAGAAAACUUUAAAGUUUUCUUGGCUCUUAAAAAUUAUGCACAAAACAAGAUUAUAAUAGUGAUAUAGAUCUGUGUCACUAAAUCUUUUCUAUUUUUAUUUGAACGUUUUAAUGCUUCUAUUCCGUUUGUUACAUAAUUUUUAUAUCUGUUCUUGCCACCAUCCCUAAUAUUUUUAUAUGCAACACUGUGGCAUAAAAUUGUGACAUUUAAAACCCUGCGAUUCUGAUAAAGUACAUCUCCAUUCAGCUGCAGCUGUAAAAUGUUUAGUGUUUUACUAGCGUGUGUAUGUUUAAUGCCAGAUGAGCACUGUGACGUUUGUAGCAGAGUUAGUCAGAUUUAUAUGCAGAUCUCUUGGCAAAUAUACUAUAUGAAUUUAAAGUUUUAUUGGGAUGCAAUAAUUUUCCUCUAUGCCUCAUCUAAGAUCAAAGUACUAGGAAUGCAUAGAUAUAUAUGUAAAUAUCUAGCAUGCCCAGUGGAGGCAAGUAGGGCACAAAUAAAGACAAAGAUAUGCCUUGGAAUGCUUUUCAACAUACUAAUCUGUCCAUUAUAGUUACACCACAAAAUAUGAUUAAUGUGUAAUGCGGGCUGUUGGUUUUUGUCUUACUAUAGUUUGACAGCAUAUAGCAAAACAAUAGUUUUUCAAACUUUCAGCUUGAUUUUUCGAGUAAUUUCAAAUACUUUUUUUUUAUAUUCACCAAGCUGUAUAGAUGGUAUAAGACCAAGAGUUGGAUGAAAGGAAGUCUUUGAGAAGUGAAGAUUUUAAACAAAUGAACAAAUAAGGCUUUAUAAGACAUGCUUAAAGGAUCACUAUAGGGUCAGGAACACAAACAUGUAUUUCUGACCCUAUAGUGUUAAAACCACCAUCUAGCCCCCAUGGUCCCCUCAUGCCUCCCUAAAUAUAGUAAAAUCUUUACCUGUAUUCAAGUCUGCAGCUGCUUACAUGUCCCUGUUUCCUUUAGACCUGCCCACUACCUGCUGACAUCAGCAGAAGUGGUAGCCUGAUCUAAUCACAAUGCUUCCCCAUAGGAUUGGUUGAGACUGACAAAGAGCCCCUCAUGCCUCCAUAAAUAUAGCAAAAUCUUACUGAAUUCAAGUCAGAAGCUGUAACUCUGCAUGCUGGUUGCCUAAAUAGAAAACGAGCAGUCUGCUGACAUCAGAAGUGGUAGCCUGAUCCAAUCACAGUGCUUCCCCAUAAGAUUGGUUGAGACUGAAAAAGAGGCGGAUCAGGGGCAGAGCCAGCAUGAUUCAAACACAGCCCUGGUCAAUCAGCAUAUCCUCAUAGAGAUGAAUUGAAUCAAUGAAUCUCUAUGAGGAAAGUACAGUGUCUGCAUGCAGAGGGACGAGAUACGGAAUGUUAGGAUGCAUUUUAGUCAGCCAUAACCCAGGAAGGAUCUCUAACAGCCAUCUGAGGAGUGGCCAGUGAAGUUAUCACUAGGCUGUAAUGUAAACACUGCAUUUUCUCUGAAAAGACAGUGUUUACAGCAAAAAGCCUUAAGAUAAUGAUUCUACUCACCAGAACAAAUUCAAUAAGCUGUAGUUGUUCUGGUGACUAUAGUGUCCCUUUAUAGAGGUUAGAAUCAAAUUGACCUGGCCCAAUAAUAAAUAAAUAUAUAUAAUAUGUAUGUAUGUGUGUGUGUGUAUAUGUAUGUAUGUGUGUGUAUAUAUAUAUAUAUAUAUAUAUAUAUAUAUAUAUAUAUAUAUAUAUAUAUAUAUAUAUAUAUAUAUAUAUAUAUAUAUAUAUAUAUAUGUGUAUUGCUGCAGUACGUAAGACGUGUGUGUUUUUUAAAUGUUAUUCUGUACUGUAUAUUAACAGUAAUAAAAGCACAAGAAAGAAAAGGCUAUGUAAUAAUGGAAACUCACUGAUAUAUUUCUGUAAUCUACAGGUAAAUGGCUAGCCUGCCAAUCAAUGGACAAUCAAAUAUUAAUAUUUGGUGCCCAGAACAGAUUCAGACUGAACAAGAAGAAAAUAUUCAAGGGCCAUAUGGUGGCUGGCUAUGCUUGUCAAGUUGAUUUUUCACCAGAUAUGAGGUGAGCACACAUGUGUAUAUGUUCGUGUUUAAUAUACUCUUGCAUGCUUCUGUAUUCUUGGUAUAAAUUAAUUUUUUAUUACAUUUUUGUUUUCUUUUUUCUAAUGUCUCCUGUUGUCGGGUCUUGUGUUAAUGUAAGGACUAAGUAACCUUUGGCCCUGCUUAUUUAAAACCACCUAAGUCACACACAGAAAAUAAAUGUGUUUUGAAUAGGUUUGUCUCCUUCUUUACAAUAUGCAGACACAAUAAAUAUCCCUACUGGUUUGCACUGCUUUCACUAGCAGCAUUCUUAAAUACAAAUGCAAUGGAGUUGUGUAGCAUGAUAAAAUAAUCUAUGAUGUUAAUUGUAUAUUUAGACCAGGUCUUGACAAAUUUGCUUGGAAUCUGGGAACCAGCAAAAAUAAGUUAGGAACCAGGUUUUUCAACGUGAAAAAUACAAUUCUGAAAGGGACACUAUAGAACCACUACAGCUUAAUGCAGUUGUUCUCGUGUCUAUAACCUGUCCCUGCACACGUUUCAAUGUAAACCCUGCCUUUUCACUCACUGACACACACACACACACUCACUCACUGACACACACACACUCACUCACUGACACACACACACUCACCCACUGACGCACUUACAUUCACGGUCACUGCAAUAACAACACACAUUAAGGUGACCACCCCGCCUCCUUAUCUGGAGCUGAAGUAAUUCGGCUUUCCUUUGGGUCCAGUGGGGCUUCAGUCAUCUCCCUGUUUUGCUCCAUAGAGCGCUUUUAGUGAUGCUGGGGCCGGAAUGACAUCAUGACGUCAGCUCCCAGCAUCACUGGAGGUUGCGCGAAGGAGCAGAGCAGGGAGGAAGGUUACAGCUCCCUCGUGCACAUGCCCGUCUGUCUCAAUCCUCCAGGAGCCUCCCGCCCGUGCGAACACCCCACGCUCUAUCAGAUGGUUGGCCGACCAACCACAAAUGCUCUCCCUUUAGCCGGGCCCACCUCCACUCAUAGGCAGCUGAUUAUAGGCAAUAGUACCUUCAAAUGGGGCCAAGACCAAACUUUGCCAGAGGCACAAAUGUCUGUUAUUCAGUCCUUGUGUGUAUGUGUGACUUGCAUGUAUGAAUGUUACAGUGCUACACUAUCGGAUCCAGGAUCUUAGUUUUGUAAACAGGUUACAUGAAAGGUACUGGUGUAUUUACAGUUUUUUUUUAUUUUAUUUUUUUCAGCUAUGUGGUUUCUGGUGAUGCUGAUGGGAAGCUAAAUAUCUGGGACUGGAAAACCACAAAACUUUACAGUAAGCUAAAGGCUCACGAUAAAGUCUGCAUAGGUGCAGUUUGGCAUCCUCAUGAAACAUCCAAAGUUAUCACGUGUGGAUGGGACGGCCUGAUCAAACUCUGGGACUAAACACCUGAAGCCAUAUACACGUGGGAAAAAUAUCACAAAAAGUACUGGAGGAUACUACUGACCAGGCUACCAACAGCAAAGCACAAUGUUUAACUAGUACCACAUGUCUUAAACGUGUUUGGGUGCGACCCAGCACUCCUCUUUAUAUUUAUUUUAGGCCUGCUCCUACAAGUUCCUGGAUAUUAAUUGGUCAUGCUGCUGCUUAUUAAAAACCUGAACAAUUCACUAAAUCUUCAUAUUGGGUAUUUUGCAUGGUGUGCAAAAUACAUAUUUUUGUGGUAGCUUUUUAUAUUGUGCAAGAGUAUUUUGUGGAAGAAGUUGAUGUAAAACUAUUUGCAAGCAAAAAGAAAGAGCUUGUUGUCUGCUUAUAUAUUUGCACAAGUAAUUUGUCCCACCGGGAAAAACUUUGUUAGCUUCAGUCCUUGAGGCUGUAUGACUGUGUAUAUAUAUAGAUUUACUUAACUCACACCAAACCAGUGUAUUACUUCAGUAUAAUUUGUGAGUACAGUGUACAGAAUCUUUGUUCCUUUUGUCACAAUAAAAUUUUAAAUUGUCUUUUUUAA